CUUUGGAUCUGCAUAUAAAGAACAAGUCAUCAUAUAAUAAUAAUAAUAAUAAUAAUAAUAAUAAUAAUAAUUUAUUAUUUAUACCCCGCCCAUCUGGCUGAGUUUCCCCAGCCACUCUGGGCGGCUCCCAAGCAAGUGUUAAAAACAAUACAGCGUUAAAUAUUAAAAACUUCCCUGAACAGGGAAGAAAUAUUUUUAACAGAAAUAUUUUCCAUCUGUUAUCAGUCAUUCCUAAGUUUAGCCAUCAUCUUUUGCCACGAGGGUCUGGAGGCGACUUUAAGCAGCGCAGCAGAAAAUGCAAAAGCCACACGACCAAUAAACUUCAGCGCGCGAGCCAAAGGGGUUUGGGAAGCGCUCGCCUGGCGGGCUGCCGGACAUUUGCCAGGAAAGGGGGCCACGCGCGCGCGGAGAGGAGGCCCCGCCGCCGCCGCCCCGGCCCGUCCUGCUUCCUGGUUCACGGGGUGCUGCUCGCUCGCUCGCUCGCUCUCCUUUCGCUUGCGAUUCCGGGCUGGGCUCUGACGCCCGCCAGAUCGCGCCCCGCCCCAAAGCGCCGCGUCCGAAGUAGGAAAUCCACCCCCAGCUUCUGGGAUCGGCGGCGUCGCCUCCCUUCGAAGAUCGAAAGUUGGGAUUAAAAGCAGGUGGAUUUAAAAACUCGAGGGCUCGAGGCAGGCGACUCUUUGGAGGCGGCGAGGAGCGCAGCCAGCGAGCGAGCGAAGGGACCCCGGUGGCUUCGAGCAGGUUGGCCAGCCUUGGAGGCGCCGCGGGGCGGGGCGGGGGGCGGCCGGGGGGCGCUGCCGGGUCCGGGGCGGCGGCGGAGCGAGGCGAGGGGCCGAGGAGAGGCGCCCAGGUGCGCCCAGGUGGCUUCCUAGCGGGCGGGCGGGAGGAAAAGAGGCUGCGGGGGCGCCGGGGAGCCCGUCCGCGUCGAAAGGUGCCCGGGGAAAAGGCGCCUUCGAAACGAGGGGCGAUCCUGCGCACGCUUCCGAGCACAUGCUGGCUUCAGCGGGUCUUACUCCAAGGAAAUAAGUUUGGGAGCUGCCAGUGCCAGGCUCGCUUGGGUCUCGUUCCAGAUUUGCAAUUCGCCGCCCUGCCUUUUUUAAAAAGGGCCACUGCUAUUAACAAAUAAACUACAGUUGACACGUGGACAAAUCAAGAAGGGUGACUUGACUCCAGUUUAAUUUCGUAACAUAUUGCCAGUAUUCCAGAAAACGAGCAGCCCAUCCCCACCAGCAUUUGGCUCAAUCUGGUUAGUCUAAAUUUAAAUUCAAGCAGAAAAUAUUUUCUUCUCUUUGAACACUCCCCCUCCCGUUUAUCAAUAUGCCAACACUUUAUAUUAUUUCAUUGGUAAAGUAAAAUAAAAACGACAUUAUUCACACUUAAUCUAAGCACAAUCACAAGAGCUCCUGAUUAGGCAUUUAGCUAUGUGAUGUUGAAUGUUAUCUGUUAACUGUUCUAUCCUGUUCCCCCAUUGUUUUUGUUUAAACCAUUUCAGAAACCAAGAACUUAGACGCUGACCACUAAUGAUGAACCUUAUGUUGUAGAUAUUGCUGCGCAUUUAUUAUGCUAUUUUUGUGAUUUACAAAUCACAUGAGAAGACUUGGUCUAUUUAUUUAUUUAUUUAUUUGUAUCAUUUAUUAUUCCUAUGAUCUUUGUUUAUAAAACCCAAUAAAACAUUAUUCCUAAAAAGUUCACUGCUAAUAGAUUCAAAUCCCAGCUCACAAACGUGCUUUGAAGGUGUGUCCUGGUGCAUGUGCUUGCAGCGUAUGUGCAAAUUUAUGUUGGGGAAUUCCAGAAAACUUGUUAGCAGGAUGUUGCACCUAGAAGCCACACACACACACACACACACACACACACACAGCGUGAGAGAGAGCGUGUGUUGCCUCACAGACUUAAAAUAUAUCUCUGUGGCUUGUGCCUCUGUGGCCUAGGGAGCGUUCCAUUCUCUUUCCUUUUACAAGAAUUAUAUACUAUUGGUUUGUAACGUACAAAACUUCUCAGAGGUUUACACAAAAUAAAACAAACUUUAGAAUUGCCCAUAAAAGGCUGUUAAAAGCAGGAAUUUUAAAAAUGUGCAGGAAUUUUUCAAAAGUGUAAUUCAUCAGAUGCAUUCAUGAACCAGGGGCCACCUAAAUGGAGUAUAUAUACAAAAUCUAUCUCAUUUCUCCCCCUGAGUUCAGUUUUGAUUUGUUUUUGUAGAAGGCAAGUCAACACAAGAGAUACAGAUACCAUAGUGAUAAGCUGAGCACAGAAUUCAACCCGAUGAAUACAGGACCCAGUCUGUGUGGGUGUGACGCCUCCUGGUUAGGAACCACUACAUUCACAGUAGUGUUGCUCCUGACAAUGUUUCAUAGCAAUUAGGUUUAUUACAGGAACAAAUAAUUGACCAAACUCCUAGAAUAGUCAAGUUUAGUAAUUAAUACAAUAAUGCUCAAUUCUAACAACAGUUCAUUUUGGUGCACCAUAAUGGCAGCAUAAAGCUCUCAAUUCAUGUAUCCAAACUAGCAAGAAAUAUUUUAGCAUCAAAUGCCCAUCUGGCAUAUUGCCUAAUUACAGGUUUAUCUCCUGUAAAACGGCUUUGUAAAGUUGCAGAAAGCACCAAAGAAAGUGUUAAUCCCCACCACCUCACUUCCAAAGCAUCAGGGCCCUAACCUGAAUCUGAGAUUAGGGUCUGUGUGCAAGCCCACUGUGGCUGCUUUUUACAAACAUUUAAAGCAGGGGUUGGGAACCUUAGGCCCAGGAACCAAAUGCAGCCCUGCAGACCUCUCCUAUCUGACUAUUGCAACUCUCCCUAAGCCACAUUCCUGCCCUGGCCCUGCUUUGCACCCCAAAGAUUUUUACAUGACCGGAACAUGUCCUUGAAAUCAGAUUUUGCCUCUUACUUGUCUGGAUGAAGAACAGAGAAAGGGGUGCAAAUAUGUGUAGAAACUGGCCAGCUGUACAAAGCUACCAUUUAUAUUUGUUCCUCCACCCACUUUUGCCAUUGUCCCGCCCACUACUGGCCUGUGGUCCUCUGAGGAGGGAAGCGAAUGUGACCCUCCAACUGAACAAAAUUUCCCACUCCUGAUUCCGGAGAUCUGAUUAUGAAUCUUUAUUGUUGUCUCAUCGCUUUUAUCUCAGGCUCCACUCCUCCGCAUGCAAUACCAGAAUCAUGGCAAGAUAAUGCAUAUGUGUUAUGUAUUAUUAUUACUUAACAUCUUGGGCUGGAGGGUGGUUGAAGGACAGCCAGCCUAUUUAUGUCCUUCCCCAUGUGCUAAGGAGAGAUCUCAACACCUUUCUCCCUAGAGAGGUCUGCCUGUACCUACUCUAAUGUCCUUUUGGGGCCAAGUAAAGGCUUUGCUGUAUCUUCUCAAACUUUUUAGACACAGUUUUAAUCCUACUGUUUUUAUACAGCUUAUGAUUUUGAGACUUUUGGUAAAUUAAGGCAUUUGUACUUGCAUAAUAAUAGUAUUAUCCUUGUAGUGAAGCACUAUGGGAAUCUGGUUGAAGAGUGGUAUAAAAAUCAGAAAUCAUGAUCAUAAUCUUGCCCAACGAGGCAUCCUGUCAAACUGUACUAAGGUCUAAGGGGCAGUGGAGACUGUAAUAAAGGGGAAGUGUUUCAAAUACGUUAUUCACUUGGUUUCCUUGGGGAGGAUUGCCUAACCAGCAAAAUGUGUACAGCCUGCAGCUUUGGGGACAGUGGGUGUUGGUUGCUCAGAAGAUGAGUAAGAUCCGUGUCAAGUCGUGUGGUGUAAUACAGUGGAAGCAGAAUAUCGGUGGGUAUAUUGUGCAAAUGGUAAGAUACAGCAUAUUGUGUUUGCCAAAAUCAUAAGGAAGUCCAGGAAAAGUCUGAGAAAAUGCUGCCAGGAUUGUGGUUUACUUCUUUCAAAGAAGCUUGGAUUUUUAGGACAAUAAAUCCCACAGCUUAAGGCUGUACCUCACAACUCGCAUGGCUGCUGUUCCCAGCACCCUUAAUAAACAGCAGCUCCCAGGAUUCUUUGGGGGAGAGAGCCAUAUGCUUCAAAUGUGUGUUGAAUGUGCUUCAAUUGUACAGUGUGGAUAGCACCUAAGUGUUGGAAGAUUGAAGGUAGACAGAAUGAAGUAGCUCUUCACACUGUGCAGAGUUAAACUAUGGAAUGUGCUUGCACAGUAUGUAGUAAUAGCCUUACUGCCCAUGAAUGGGCCGUCAGUGGCUACUAGCCAUGGUGGCUGCCUUCUUAUUUCCACGGUUGGAGGCGGUAUAUCUCUGAAUGCCAUUUUCUGGGAAUUGCAAGUGGAGAAAGCGCUGUUGCAGCGCUGAAUCUGGCAGGGGGAAUUAAAGAGGCACAUGGCCCAGGUGAUAAGUUUGGAGUGCAGCAGAAUUACUGGUUUCAACAUUCCCCCCUCCCCAAAUGCGGAAAGGAGAGAGGAGGCAAAAGGUCUGGCCUUGGUCUGCACAGAUCCUCCCUCCCCUCCCCUCCCCUGCUCACUGGAAAUGCCCAGCGUAGUGUCCGCAGCUGCACCAAGAUCAGGCACCUCCUUUGUCCUCCUACUCCCACCCAGGUCUUCAACUUUCUUCAAAGUCUGGUCUACCACAAGAGACGGGUCCAGAGAAGUCUUUGCCUCAUUCUCUUGCUGGCUACCUCCUUCCUAGGACCCUCUGUGCCAGACAGGGCAGGCACAGUGUUAGGAAUUCUGUCUGCUGUGUACAUCCAAGGAGCAAGGAGAGAGAGAGAGAGAGAGAGAGAGAGAGAGAGAGAGAGUGUUGGUCUUACAUAAUCUGCCUUGAUUUCCUUCCUUUCCUGGUCUUAUCAUUGCCAAAAUCCUGCAAUACAAUAUAAUUUCCUGACUACUAAACUAUAAAGUGAUUUAAUUUUUUUCCUUUAAUUGAAGUUUUAAUCUGACGAGUCAGUAUAAAGAAAAUGGACAAUUCCUUAAUUCAUUUUCAAAGCCCCCUUUUCUUACUUUCACACACUAUCCUAUUUGAAGCUUUUUUCCCUUUUAAUGUUAGUUUAAGGAAAUGCCUAAGAAAUAGUUAAGCAGGAAGAAUGUUAUAAUGUUAUUUGGCAGAAUGUGUUUUAGUUUCUGUAACGAAAGAAAAAGUCGAUGUUGGAAGGAAUGUAGGGUACCAGUUGUUUAAAAGUUGCUUGGGAAGUCACAAUCAUGGAGGAAAAGUUUUAUUAAACUGAACUGAGAGAAUGUAGAAUUCAAACAGAUGUUUUUCAGAUGAAUUUAACAUUUCCUGUAAAGAACAUGGGCUGGAAUUUUGCUUUCAAAGUUCUGAAUUCAGUGCAGAAAGAACACGGGCUACUUGAUGGUUGGGUUCUUGGUUUAUAUAUCAUGCACUUUGCAUGGUGUAAUUUGUAUUUUAAUUGAUUUAACUGUUUCUUUUAAAAUAAUAUAGGAAUUGUUUAAUAAAAUUAUAAAGUUAAUUAAACAGUUAAAUAUUUAGAACCAAAUACAAUCAAAUCUCAGUUGUCGAACAUAAUCUGUUCUGGAAGCCUGUUCGGCUUCCAAAACGCUUGACAACUGAGGUGCGGCUUCCGAUUGGUUGCAAGAGCUUUCUGCACUCAAGCAGAAGCCGUGUCGGACGUUCAGCUUUCAAUAAACAUUCAAAAACUGGAGCAUUUACUUCCGGGUUUUCGGUGUUCGGGAGCUGAAACGUUUCAAAACGGAGGCAUUUGGGAACCGAGGUUUGACUGUAGUCAAUUCAACAAUUUUUAAGAAUACCCAAACAUUCUGGGCUUAGCUUCUGUGUAUAGCAGCACUGCAGUAAAGCUACCAUGAAACAGGAGGAUCAUGGCGUGGUGUGGAUAUGAUCCACCUGCUUCAUGGUUGAUUUAUUGCAUGGCUGUACACACAGGAGACAGUUGCAGUUGCCUGUGAAGUGGUACCGGUGGGGCACCUUUGCUCUCCCAGCUGCCCAACGCAGUGUUUGCUGGCUCUGACUGGAAGGGGCGAGAGGCAGGGAUCUUGGCCCGGUGUGGCCUGUGAUGGCAGGGCCAAACUGCUCUUUCUGCUGCUACACACCACACCAGGUCAAACACGUCUCUUCCCGCCCCACCUCCACUUGGUAAAUGCCCGCAGCUCACAGUGUUGGGAGACAUGGGAGCAACGGUGCGCCACCCAUGCUGCCUGCAUCACUGGGUGCUGCUGAUAGGAGCCAAGCCUAGCAUUUCUAGGUUGAAAUUGAAAAUCAGUUAUGAUUAGCAAUUAUGGUCAAAGGAAAUGCAAAAUCAAAACAUGUUGGGAUUUGUGACUAGAGGAUGUGGAGAAUGUGGCAUCUGAUAGCAGCAGGAGGGUGUUCUAAAACCAAGGUGAUCAGAGAGCCUGUGGUCCUUUAAUAGAGGCUCAGUGCCUGCAGUAGGUUGCAUUUGGUCAGAAGGUGUUUGGGGAUCUCUGGCAGGGCAGCAACAUAUAGUGGAAAUGGAGUAAAUCUACUGGAGAGAAAGAGAGAGAGGAAGCAUGUGCUGCUGUUCUUGGGUCAAAGUCGGUUGAUAUUUGUGUGUCAGUUUACUGUAUAGACUUGAGGCUGGAGAUGGACAAUAGUUUUUCAGAGAGCUGAAAGUGGUUUGAAAGAACAACAUUACAGAUGGACUACCUCCCCCCCCCCUAUUCAGUGAACAUGGGAGGGGGAAGUUGGAAUAUCCCUGCUAGCCACACCCCCUGACAGCCAAUCCGGUUUCCUGCUUGUGUAGAAGGAGUCUAGUGUGUGUAUUUCUACAUGGUUUGGCCCCCUUCGACAUAAAUGCCACUAUACAGUGCCAAGGGGGUGUAGCCGGGUGAGCUCCCUUUGCUCAGUCCCAGUUUCUGCCAACCUAGUUCAAAAGCACACCAGUGCGAGUAGAUAAAUAGGUACUGCUGUGGUGGGAAGGUAAACGGUGUUUCCAUGCGCUCUGGUUUCCGUCACGGUGUUCCAUGCGCCAGAAGCAGUUUAGUCCUGCUGGCCACAUGACCCGGAAAGCUGUCUGUGGACAACCGCCGGCUUUCUUGGCCAGAAAGCGAGAUGAGCGUGGCAACCCCAGAGUCGCCUUUGACUGGACUUAACCGUCCAGGGGUCUUUUGCCUUUAUCUUCACAUUGAUGCUGAGGGUUUGGCUAUGCAGCACUGUUCUUGUCUAGCUUUGUGUUUUCACAGAACAGAUAUUUCAUAGAUCCCACGUUUGCUUUUGAGCAUACAGGGUUCUGUGGUCUUUUUAAACAAUAACAAAACCUGCAAAAUCUGUUUACCUGAAGCGGGAUGAAUUUACAGAUCCUGGGCAGGGAUCCCUUUCUCAAACCGCUGAAUGAGUUCUGAAGAAUAACAGAAGCAGUGACACAGCCAUCUUGCACUUCAAAUAAAUUGAAAGAAGGAUGUUUGAGUCAGGAUGAACUCGCUGUGACGUACUCAGUGAAAUAUGCUCCUGAAUAGACAGUGCUGUCAGGUUUCCUUGCGAUAUGUCUUGCCUGUUUCCUUCAUGCCAAAUUACGGUAAAAGACUUCUGUAGUGAAGCAAAGCAUCAUUGUGCAUUUAGAGCAGAGGGGAGAAAUCUCAGGGCCUGGGAGUUGCCCUCUAGACCUCUCUGCCUCACCCUUUGAACUUUCUCUAGGUCACACUCCCUUUUCCAGGCCACAGCCCAGACGGGUCCGGCUCUGUUCCUUUCUUGAGAACUUUUCCCCGGCUGGAACAUUUUCUUGAGCUCUGGUAACACUUCUUGCUUAGCUGGAUGGGGGACAGAGAGAUGCCUUUUGUAUGGCUGGGCUGUACCCUCCUGUACAAAGGUAAGAGUCAGACACCUGCUGCUGCACACCUUAUAUUGCUGAUAGGAUGAAAGGUUGCAGGUGGUAUAAACUUUCUUCCUCCCCAAGAAGGAAACUUUGGCAGGAAGUUGUAACAGCUUUCCGUGGGUGUGAUUGCAGAGAUUUUAAAUCUUACCCCCACCACAUAUUAUGUAACAUGCAUCGGAUUGUAAAUUCCAGGACUUUAGAUGUGAGCCACUUGUACUGCAUGACCUUUGUGUGAAUACUGAAAAAUUCUAUUAGUUUACCCAGAUAGGCACAGCUGGCCUACACAAUUUUGCUGCCUGAGGUCCCAUCUGGACUAUAUAUUUAAAGCAGUAUCACACAACCUUAUACAGUGGUGCCUCGCAAGACGAAAUUAAUCCGUUCCGCGAGUCUCUUCGUCUUGCGGUUUUUUCGUCUUUCGAAGCACAGCUAUUAGCGGCUUAGCGGCUAUUAACGGCUUAGCGGCUAUUAACGGCUUAGCGGCUUUAAGAAAAAGGAAACAAACUCGCAAGAACUCGCAAGAUGUUUCGUCUUGCGAAGCAAGCCCAUAGGGAAAUUCAUCUUGUGGAACGACUCAAAAAACGGAAAACUCUUUCGUCUUGCGCAUUUUUCGUCUUGCGAGGCAUUCGUCUUGCGGGGCACCACUGUACAGUCAUGGCUUUCCCCAAAGAAUUCUGGGAAGUGUAGUUUGUUAAGGGUGCUGAGAAUUGUGAGGAGACCCCUGUUCCCCUCACAACUACAAUUCCCAGAGUUCCCUGGGAAGAGGGACUGACUGUUAAACUAAGAAUUGUAACUCUGAGGGGUAAGGGGUCUCCUAACAAGGUGAAACAGCAAAUGUUGCCUCUCCUCAUUCUCCCGUUCCCCAAGUUGAGAUGCAUGGCCAUAGUACCAAGGGCGACCAUGUCAUUUUUGAACCCGUGGCAGAAAAUAUCCCAAAAAAAAUAUUUUUUUUUAAUAAGAUAUUUAUUAGGAUUUUUUAAAAAUAUUACAAUAAAAAAUGAAAAAGAAGAAAAAAUACAAAAUAAAAAUGAUUAAAAACACUCAGAUUUUCCAUUGCUUAUUUUUCUUUAGCUUGUUUCCCGGACCUCCUCAUACCUCCCUUUUUUGUAUUCCAGUUCAGUUUGUUGGUUCAGCAAAUCCUUACCCUCUUUAUUUAUCCUAAUCUUUGGUCUUAAAAUUUCUCUCCCCCUCUAAGAAUUUACUGAUCUCAUUAAUCAGCUACCUGGGGAUUUUAUGGCACCAUUGAAGUUUUACCAUCAAAUGUUUGUUUGUUUUAAACCCAUUUGAUAGAUAGCUCUGGAAGUCUCAAAAAUUCAGCAGCCAAUGGAGUUUGGCUUUGUCUCAUCACUUUUUGAUCAAUUAGUGUUUCGCUUUGCCAUGGCAGGUAUUGUAAUUACAUUUUCAAGGGAAAAGGAAGGGCUGGUUUGCUUCAUAACUAUAUUUUCCUCAGAAACAUUUCACCAACAUAAUUCCCUCCAGAUAUUUUGAACUACAGCUCCCAUAUUUUCUGACCGUUGUCCAUGCUGGCUGAGGAUGAUGGGAGUUGCAGUCCUGAAUAUCUGGAGCAGACCAUGUUGACAUGUCUUGCAGGUCAUGGCAGGCGCUUCUCAGGCAUGGUAAUAGGGAGGUAAGUCUGCUUUCUUUCCUGUUUUACUUCUUCAGUUACUUUAGUACUAUAACCUGCCAUCCAGAAUUAGGCCUAGUCAGAUGAGGGAGUAGAGUUCUUGCUUUUGCUAAUGUUGUUCUCAUUCUAUAAUUUUAAAAGUUAUAUGCUGCCCCAAUAUUGUAAUAUUCUCAGGUUAUGUGGUGCUAGAAUGGACUGCAUCUGUGGGAUGAGAUUUUUUAGUGUUCCCCUCAAUAGUGAACAAGGCUCCUGUUUUUGUCCCUGUUGUGCAAUCUUAUAAUGGGUUGUAUUUAUGUGAAGGAUCAUCAAAAAUGGGUGCCCCUUCCUGUAGUUUGAAAUAGUCCAUUCCAGGGGCAAAACUAGGCUUUACUGCAUUUACACGAAUCUAAUGUGCCAUUGAAUCUAAAGGGCACCCUAAUUUUCACGACAUAUUUGACAAAAAAAGGUGCACAUUACAUUUGAGUAAAUACAGUAUUUCACCCGCGUCAAAGACCCAGUUUGGCACCCCCACAUGCAUUUUGUACACACACAGUCUAGGAGCUUCAAUGGUACCCCUCUGCAGGCUUCACCCGGGGUAAAAAGCCCAGCUAGCCUGCCCCCCCCCCAGCUGUGGCUUUGGUCCAGUUCACGUUACCCCUUCAGGAUUCUUACCACCUGAUUCUGCUCCAUGUGUAGACUUCAGUUAGAAAGCCUUCUGAGGCUGACAAUAUUUUCCUCAAGUUAAACAGGUGGGUAAAUAUUCAGGUGUGUGGUUACUUGCAGUUGAGUUAAAUUUGCCUGUUUUAUGUCGUACAGAAUCAUUAAUAAACUGGAACAGAUUGGUUGCUCUCCAGUCCUUCCCCAGCUAUCAGUCUUGUGCCAUAAAUCAUUAAUGUAGCUGUGUGUGCUUAGCAAAGCUGGUCAAUAUUUGUGUGUGUUCGUACCAUUCAUUUUCGUGAUUAAAGCAAUAUUAUUUCUGCCUUGUGUACUCAGUUUGCACAUUGAAUAGGAGCAGAAUCACCUGUUUUCCCCUACACAGAAGUUACAUCACUCCCUAUAAUAGCAGACUCAGAGGGUGAGUGCCAACCUGAAUGGAGCCAAGAUGUGGCCACUGAGAAACAAGAGGGAGGUAGCUGUUUCUUAGGGGAAUCCUAAGGUUUAUAGAUGUACCCUCCAGAAAAAAAGCCUUUACAAAAACCUAAGGAGGCAACCCACCCAAAAAAGCGACUCACUGAGGAUUGAGCAUUCUGAGUAACUAUGGAGAGCUGAUGUCAGAUACGAAAUCCCGAAACGGAGGUGGAGGGAAGAGGAAUGCCCUGUUUGUGCUCUUUACAGUUUAUAGCAGGGGUUGCUGGAGUGCAGCUUCCAACAUCAUAUCUGGCCACCAGUCACGUUGGCUGGGGCUGAUGGAAAUCCAAUGACACAUGGAGGGCCACAUUCUCCCCGCCAUGGCUUAAAGUAUCCUGGACACUUCUAUUGGGAAGUGAAGAAACGCUGCAACCUUUCACUUGUGUGUCCCAAUCAUUUUGCCACAUUAAUAAAUACAGUGGUGCCUCGCAAGACGAAAAGAAUCCGUUCUGGGAGUCUCUUCGUCUAGCGGUUUUUUCGUCUUGCGAAGCAAGCCCAUUGAUGGGAUUAGCGGAUUAGCGCUAUUAGCGCUAUUAGCGGCUUUUAGCGGCUUUUAGCAGCUUAUCAGCUUAUCGGAUAAGCGGCUUAGCGACUUAGAAAAAGAGGGGGAAAAGGAAAAAAAAACCCAGGAACUCGCAAGACAUUUUCGUCUUGCGAAGCAAGCCCAUAGCAGAUUCGUUUUGCGAGGCACCUCCAAAACAGAAAACUCUUUCGUCUAGCGAGUUUUCCGUCUUGCGAGGCAUUCAUCUUGCGGGGCACCACUGUAUUGAGAGCUAGCCCUUCCUUUUAAAUAGCUUGGUCUGCGUACCACCUCCUUUGCAGGCAGCCCCGAUUAUGGUUUUGAAGCCAAACAGAUCUAGCCUUGUAAACUGCUUGGAUGAGAAAUGUCUUGUAUGCAAUCCACUCAGAACAGUAUAAAGAAAGGCUGGAGAUGUACACCUUAACCUUGCUCUAAUACAAUAUAUGUGAUUCAUAUGAUGCCGGUAAAUCCUGGUUUGGGGAAGCGUGCUCCAUUCUCUGGAUGACCUUGGAUAAGGCAGUCCCGAGUCUGUAGGGUGCAAAGAAGCUUGCUGUCAUUGUUUACCAAAAUGUCCUUUCUUGAAUAAGAGUAUAACUUUCAGCUGCUGUCUUCCCCAUUUGCUCAGUUAGUUAACGUACAAUGUGAACAUUAACUCACUGGACAAUGUCCUUUUCUCCCUCCCUUUGUGGAGGAUAAGGCUGUUGGUAGGUACUGGGAGGCAGUGUGCCUUGACAAUCCCAAAUGGGGAGAGUUCUGUUGUGCUCAGGUUUUGCUUGGGGGCUUCCCAUGGGCAUCUGGUAGGACAGGAUGCUGGACUAGAUGGGCCACUGGCCUGAUCCAGCACGACUAUUCUUACAUGCUUGCCUUGUUCUAAGAGCUUAUCAGCUGAUAAAAUCACAUGGAUGCUUCAGACGACCUGCACUGUUUAUAUAGAGCGGCAGCUUCGGAGAAGUUCUAGGACAGCAGGUGUUUUUGUGGCUGUCUGGCAUUGAAUAGCUGCUUGCAUUUCUGGCCUGCAUCACUGCUUGAAUGCAAAAAGUAUCAGCUUCAAUCUCCAGGUAGCACUGAAACCCUGGAGAGCACUGGUGUGCAGAAGAGAGUGAAACUUGCAGUUCUGAGAGAGAGAAAUGGAGCGGUUUUUGGGUGUUGUGUCAGAGGAAGUGCUAGGCAGAGGAAGUGUGAGUGACAUCCUAGUUGGUGAUUUGUGCACUUCCUCUGUCAGGGAGAUGCUUUCCUGGCUCCCUCCCAACACUUGCAGACAGAGGCUCUUGGAAGUGUGAAAGAGAUAGAUGCAGCACUUUGCAGUUGCAGAUCAGGAUUAGGGCAAGAAGUUGAGAACUGGACAGAAGCAACAAAGGUGUCCCGACAAGCUUCCCCACUCCUCCUGCUAAGCUUUAACCUACAAGGUUUUGGGCUUGCAAGACUCCCUCACCUUAUGAGAAUGUUGGGAUUGCAAGCAUGCCCUCCUUUGGGGCGGGUGGGUCUGCUCCCAUCCACAAAAGCAACACCUGGUUCUAGGCAUCAUAGCUCCACCCUCCUGCUCAUCCUGUUCAGUUGCAGCUUCCUCCUUGGCUGAUCAAAGGCCAACUCAGCCUCCACUGAGGCUUUUCUGCACCGCCACAUGGCAGCAGAGCUGGCACCUCCAGCUUCCAAAGCAACUGAAGUCCGAGUGGAAAGGGGUGAUUCUCCCUCCUCCAAUCCAGGUGCCCACAAUUCUGCACGAUAAGCUUCUUCUUCUUCCUCCUCCUCCUCCAUCAGAGCCUGAUCCUGACAGCACUGCAGGAUCAUAUUUGCAUUAAUUUUUAUUUAUGUAUAUAUUUAAAGCAUUCCAGUCCUUCUCUUCAACCAAAAGUGGCUCCCCACUGUGCUUAUAAAUGUCAGUGAUAAAGCAGGCCCAUCCCUCAGAUUUACAAUCUAAAAGAUUCAACACAAAAGGGAAAGGGAUUGGGAGGGCAGAGGAAAAAAGAAAGCUCAGGUAUGAAACUACAGAGUUCUUGAAAUAAUCAGUUGAGAUUCAAAGAUUUCAAGGAGGAUCCAAAAGUUGCAUGUCUUUCCGCAGAGCAGACGGAGAGGUCAUUCUGCAAUCCCGUUUCUCUUCCUCUCCAAUUGCCUUCGGAAUUACAUUCUUAUGUUAACAAACAUUUUCUACAACCAUCUGCAAAAAAAUGUAUUCUUUUGUUUUUAGGGUUCAACUGAAAUGAACAGAAAUUGAAAUCAUGGCCAAUCAAACUUUACUUGGCACUUCCACAGGUCUUGGCUGGAAAUCUUGUUGGCUUCAGUAGAAUAUAUUUUACUUCCAUAAUUUAUUGUGUUUAGGUUUUGGCUGCUAGUUGCUUUGCAAAGGAGAUGUUUUUUCCCCAGCUGCUCUGGUUUGGUGUUUGCAAAGUUUUAAAGUCUUUUUGUUGUUGUUACUGGUAUAACGUGCAAGUACUUUAUAAUACAGUACAAUCUACCUCGCAAAGGGAGUUGGUAACAUUGGCUGCAGGGGGAGAGGCAGGAAGAUAAAGAGAUGCAAGUAUGAUUUUUUAAUGACAUCUGGCAUUUGAUAGUGUUCAGAUUCUUAAAGGACAUGACAGUUUAAAUCGGCACUUUUCAGUGCAGUAGCAAGAUCUGUUACAGAAGGAUCACAAAUGACAUUGUGAUUGUUUUCCUUUUCUCGUGAAGAUGUUCUGCGAUUUGCAGAACGGGACUCCCUAAACAUAGCCUGGCACUUCCUGGUAUACAAUAGAUUUUUGAUUAAUGCAUUUUUAUGGCCAAGAUGCUAGAAUUCAUGUCUUCGUGCUUGAGUGGGGGCUGAAAAAGAAGCAGCUUUUGUGGUUUCAGUGUGGGCAAAAAAGGGGAACAAUCUGUGUGUUUUGUGCUUUCUGGAAAAGAUUGUUAAGAGGUUUAAGGUGGAUAGAAGCAUUCUAUGUGGAUUUGGACAUUUGGAUAUCUUAUACGUUCAAAUUACGAUAGGUAUAUUGAUGGUUACUAUAUUCUCUCAGUGUGAGCUGGUGGGUGUGUUUUCUUUUCACUAUUGUUUUGUUUUCUCUGUGUUCCUUCCUUUGUUAAUUUGUUAUAAAAUACUCUUUUGAAAGAAAGGAAAGGCUUUGGGGAGCUUGACUGAUGUUGUUUGGAACUGGGAAGCUUGCUCCCCAUCUUCUUAACCUAUAUGUAUUCUCAGUGUGAGCUGGUGUGGGUUUUUCCCUUUUCUUUUUUCCUGUUAAAUUUGUUAUAGUUUUAUUUUAAAAAAGAAAGGGUUUGGGGGAGCUUGAUCAAUAUUGCUUUGAGACGAGCACUGCCACCCUGCUUGGAAGCUUGCUGCCCCUCUACUCAACCUGUAUGUUUGCAGAGGCAUCAUGCAUUUUCCUAUAAAGGAAAAAAAACCCUAAUAAAUGGCUGUUCUAAAAUUCUGUGCCUUGGAUAUGUGAGAGAGAGGUCUGAAACACUGCUUGGGUGCACUGGAGGGAAAAUACAUAUUCUGCACUUAUGCUAAUUAACAGGAAGCCUGCAAGUGAGCAUUUGUCAUAUCUUGGUUUCCCCCCUCUUUGAAGAUAACAUGUAUGGCUUGAAUUUGGGCUUUUAUCCUUUUUUAAUGCAGUCUGUUGUUGUAGGGGUUGGUUGCUGGAAGAAGCAAUAAAGACAGAGUUUGUGACACUGAGAGGUGUUGGACAGAUGAAAUGAAUUUCAGAGAGUUAAAAUCCAUGCCCUGGAUUCCCUAAACCAGCUACCAACUGCUUGGUCCCUGCCCCCCCCCCCAAAAUGCCCAACACAAAACAGUAUUAGGUGUAGUGUUGAUUCUUUUCUAAUAGGUCUUUUGUUCAUGUGAUUUUCUUAAUAAAUACUAGUAAGUUCAACUUGUGUCAAAAUCCUCCAUUUGGCCAGUGUUUCCAAGUUGUCAGUGUUUAUACUACAUUUUUUUUAGAUUUGCCUUGAGACAGUCUUUAAACCUCUUUUGUUGUCCGCCAGCAUUGUGCUUUCCGUUUUUAAGUUCGGAAUAGAGGAGUUGCUUUGGAAGACGAUAAUCAGGCAUCUGCACCACAUGACCAGUCCAAGUUGAUGUUGAAGAAUCAUUGCUCCGACAUUGGUGAUCUUUGCUUCUUCCAGUACACAGUGAAAUGUAGAAACAGCCAGACUGCCUUAUCUCUUUGAAAUUACUUAGAAGGGUGUCUGCACUCUUGUUUCCAGAAAUGACUGUAUUCCAGAGAUUCCAAUGCUGAACUUUAAAAUCUGUGGAAAGGACAAGGAAAGGACCUUUCAUUUGUACUUUGUUUUAAAUUACUUACUCCUCUUUUUGUGGGCCUGCCUGCACCCGGGAAUGUGAUUUAGAGUAUUUGCAAUCUGUUUGUCUGCUUGGGAUGGUGGGAAGGGGCUUUUAGGUGGUGGUGAGGGGCUGCUAGUUGUUUCUUUGUUUGCUUGCUUAAAAUUGAAUACAUGAAUAUUUGUGUGUAUGGAAAAAAGAAGGGUGCCUUCAUAUUUUCCUUUAUAACUUUCUAGUAGGCUUUGAGUCUUAUUUCUGCUUCUUUUUUAGUGACAGUUCAGAACCUCUGCCCCCUACAGGGAGGGGCCCUGGUGCAGUUGCCCCGUUUGCCCCAUGAUAAAUCUGGGCAUAAAUGAGAGCUAUGUUUACCUGUCUCAAGAUUUCCUUGUUUAUGCCAACAAACCUUUAUUUCAUUUCAUUUCAUUUCAUUAAAAAAUAUUUCCAGCCUUUUUGAUGGUGAAUUUUGUUGCACAUGUGAUAAUAGCUGUUGCAAUAGUGUGCUAUAAAUGGCUCUUUAUUAAGUACCUCUUAACUGCAGUCUUGCCCCAACUAUCUAAAUUAGAUGGUUUCUGACCCUUUCCCUUAUACAGUGGUGCCCCGCAAGACGAAUGCCUCGCAAGACGGAAAACCCGCUAGACGAAAGGGUUUUCCGUUUUUGAGUUGCUUCGCAGGACGAAUUUCCCUAUGGGCUUGCUUCGCAAGACGAAAAUGUCUUGCAAGUCUUGAGAUUUUUUUUUCGCUUCCCCCUUUAUCUAAUCUGCUAAGCCUUUAAUAGCCUUUAAUAGCCUUUUAGCAGCUAAUCCGCUAAGCCUUUAAGCCUUUAAUAGCCGCUAAACCGCUAAUAGCGCUAAUCCGUUAAGCCGCUAAUAGGGUUGCUUCGCAAGACGAAAAAACCGCUAGACGAAGACUCUCGCGGAACGGAUUAAUUUCGUCUUGCGAGGCACCACUGUAAUAGUUAAUGAGUAAAUGUAGUGGCUUGACUUACUGUAAAAGCUUGAAACCGCUACAGGCAUUGUAGUACAUUGAAGUACAUUGAAGUACAUCCUGAUUGUUUCAGAUGCGUCAUCGGGAGGCUGACAUAUUUUUUUAAUAGUCAAUCAUUAUUUCUAGUAGCUGGAGGACAGCUAGACCCAGCUGCCUCGUGUUACUCAGAGUUGAAGGAAGACAGCAAAGGGACCAGCCGUGCUUCAGGUGAAGAGGUCAGAAUGCUGAGGAUGAAAUAAGAACUCUGAGACACAAGAGUGUAAAAACAUUCCCUAGAGUACAGUGCUAAUAUAUACUGAAAAAUCUGGACCAAAUUAUUCAGAUACAGUGGUACCUCGGGUUAAGUACUUAAUUCGUUCCGGAGGUCCGUUCUUAACCUGAAAUUGUUCUUAACCUGAAGCACCACUUUAGCUAAUGGGGCCUCCCGCUGCUGCUGUGCCACAGCCACACAAUUUCUGUUCUCAUCCUGAAGUAAAGUUCUUAACUCGAGGUACUAUUUCUGGGAUAGCGGAGUCUGUAACCUGAAGCGUAUGUAACCUAAAGCAUAUGUAACCUGAGGUACCACUGUACUCUCCUUGGUCAUUUCUGGAUAGGGGAGCCCUGCAUUUCUUCUUAGUGUGGUACAGCAGCUGGCUCCAGGGACCUCUGGUGAACCAGUGUGGUGUAGUGGUUAAGAGCAGUGGACUCGUAAUCUGGUGAACCGGGUUCAGUUCCCUGCUCCUCCAUAUGCAGCUGCUCUUGGGCUAGUCACACUUUUCAGAAGUCUCUCAGCCCCACUCACCUCACAGAGUGUUUGUUGUGAGGGAGGAAGGGAAAGGAGAAUGUUAGCUGCUUUGAGACUCCUUCGGGUAGUGAUAAAGCGGGAUAUCAAAUCCAAACUCCUCUACCCUGCUUCUGAUUUCUUGUUCCUGAAUCUUCAGAGAAGCAGGUACCUGGUUUAGGAAGUCAAGAAGGAGCCAGACUGGAGGAAACUGGGCGUCUAAACUGCAGCAAUAGAAUAAUAGAACACUUCAGUGGUUUUACUUAGAGAAGACUUGCUGAAAUUAACAAGCCUAACUUAGUCACUCCCAUUAAUUUCAACUGUUCUGCUCAGACUAAUGUUGGCUGCACUGAGUGAAGAAUUUGAGGCCAUCCAGAUGUUGUUGGUCUCCAGCUCUGAUCAGACCAGCCAGCAAACUCAACAGUCAGGGAUGAUGGGAGUUGCAGUCCAUGACCACCUGGAGGUCCUCAUGUCUUUUGGCCCUGCCAUAUAUGAUAGCAAAAUAGUUCUAGAAUUAGUUGUCAAAGCAGUGAAGCUGACUUUCAACCAGCCAAACUAAUGCAAUUGGCAGAUAAACUCCAGGGCAGUGUUGGGUUGACACACCAGAGAAAACUGGCACACAUAUAGAGGAAAAAGUGCAGAAAAGACUUUCUAUUCUUUGUGGUGUGAUCAGUUUUUUUGUCACAGUUCUUGGUUUUGUAGGGAAAGAGUGGGCUGAGGCCUAGCUCAUUGGAGGCUUUUUUGGCAGUGAAGAGAGAUUUUAGUGCUGUCGGGAAAUUGCCAGGAUCUGAUGAGUAGCAUGUGUUACCCAUUCCCGUAGCUGGGAUGCUGACACUGAUUCUCAGACAUAUGCGUAAACUAAAAUAAUGUGUGCUUCUGAGAGCAGAGCCAUAGCUACGGAGGAUGGGGCUAGCCAGGUUUAUUGGCCCGGAUGAAGCCUCCCAGCAUGUGUGUGUGUGUGUUUGUUUGUGUAUGCAAAUGUGUGUGGGGGGGUGCCAAACUGGUUCUUUGACCCGGGUGAAAUAAAGCCUACUUUUGCCCCUGUCUGAGGGUACUUCUAGCCAAUAUAUUGCAAGGGGCAUUAAAGUGCAUAGCAGAACUUUAUGUUUGCACAGUUAAAGUGGAUUAAAACGCUCUGUUGCCCUAGCACAACAGAUCCACUUAAAAAAACCGAAAAAGACUUUGCAUGGUUUGGAAAGUGACUGGGAAAUGAUUGAAAAGUGCAGAAUGAACAAAUGAUUAUUGGGAAGACAUGUAAGCGUCCUGCAAGCAAAUUGGGAUGGAUACAAGACAAAUCCUAAUGGUUGUUUAACCACCCCAUAAGCAAAUUGGAUUGGAUGCUCAGUAAGGACCAUCCAUAAUCUAACCAAUGUGUAAGCAAAUUAGAAUGCUGAAUAAAUAGGUUGUCUGGAGGAGCUUAGUUGGAGAAACAAGAACUUCUGAAUCUUCAGGAUAAAGACCUCAGCCACACACUUGCGCUGGUCAGAGAUUGUACCUUUAAAUCAUCAAAUCAUCUUGCCUUUUGCUGUGGCAAACCUGCCUAGUGUGAGAUUUCUGCUCCUUUCAGGUGUUUGUGCUUCUUCCCCUUUUACUUUUAGUCAGUGCUUAAAAUAACAUAAUUGCUCUACAGGAUCUCUUACAGAUCCAUUCUUUUGACCCCUUUCAUGUAAAUUUUUCUUCCCUCUACUUUUUUUGAAAGAUGUGUUUUUAAAUAACUGGAUCAAAUGCAAAUUUUAUCCAAGUGGUAACUGUGUUAGGGUUCAUCCACCUGUACCUUUGCUCCACAUUUCUAGACACAGGUCCAGGCUUUCCAGGUCCCCCCAUUUUUUAUUUAUUUUUUACCCCAGCGCUUUCCCUGUGAAAACCCACUGUUUACUGCUGGACUGGAGCAAACAGGAAUCUGCAGAAAACCUGAAUUGCUGUUUGCUCCGAUUCAGCGUUCCAGAGUGGGUUUUCUUGGGGGAAGCGGAGGGAGUGCUUGGACAUGGACCAGGAAAUCUCAGAUCUGUGCCUAGAAAGCACAGAGCAGACAGUAAGUGUGGCUGAGCCCUUAGUGCAGUGGUUUUCAACCCGUGUGCCGUGGCAUCCCCAUUCCUAUUUAAUUUUGGCGUUCAGCCUUUUCUCACUUUCGUUCUUCUUCUCGCACAAACCAAACUACUGUAGAUGACUAGCUGAGCAACUGCGGGGGGAGGGGGGGAGUUUGUAGGGUGAGCCGUGAGAAAAUCUUACAAAAAACCAAAAAACCCAACCUGGUCCAGCUCAUAGUUAUCAAGGCAGUUUUAUCUGUUUCCGCCCUGUUCCGAUCCUAGGGGUUGGUAGAAAGCCUAGGGAUUAAAAACAACACAAAUUGCAUUGCAUGGGGUUGGACUAGAUGAUGUGCACUGUGCAUAGGAAUUUGUUCAUAUUUUUUUCAAAAAAUAGUCUGGCCCCACACAAGGUCUGAGGGACAGUGGAUUGGCCCCCUGCUGAAAAAGUUUGCCAACCCCUGAACAACGGCUGCAAUCUCACCAAGAGAUUCCUUCCCCACAGCUUAUGGGUGGCAGCUGAGCAACCAAAUAAGUUUCAUAGCUGUGCAAAGAGCUGAAGGGCAGGUCUCCACCAUUCAAGCCCAAUGCUUGGCUACUCUGCCACAUUGACGUAAUAUAAAUAUAUUAUUGCUAUAGCUUCAUCUUGAGCUGCUUUCUUGAUUCAUUAACACUUUUUUCGUUGUUGUUGUGUGUGUGGUGGUUUUGGGCCAUGGUAACCUCAAGAUUCACACUUGAAGCAUAGACCUGGGAGGAGGAGGAGAAUCAUUAGCAAGUGGGUUUUAAGUAAGUUGAGUCUAAAUACAUCAGAAAAGCUUGCUAAAAAUAACUAAGAAGCACGACAGAUUCUUAAAUCUACUUUGGUUUGUUUGAAAAGAACUCUGCUUAACUCUCAUGGGAAGGCUUGUUUUUGGAAAACAUGAGGAAGGGCACGUCGGCAAGAUAAUUUUAACAUAGAACAGCUAUAACAUCACGAUGUACUCUCAAGUCAGGGGCUAUUUGUGGGUGAAGUGUAUAGAGCCUAGUCUGGGCUAGGGAGGUGUGUGUAUGCAAUUCGGAUGCACAGCAUUUGCCAAGUGACAACUUUCCACAGUGUACAUUUAACUGAUCAGCAAAUGGAUUAUCUCUGAGCCAAACUCGAUGUUAGAAGGAAAUGCUUGAGCAUGUCUCCCAGUGGAAGUUCUAAAGCUGAAAAGGUAUCUGUGGGAGGCUGUCAGGUUGAGCAGACGACAUCAAGGGUGGUGUGCUUAGGGUGGCCAUGAGUCCUGCUUUACAAAGGGCAGUUCUCUUUUUGAAGGGCUGCCAGAAAGCUCCCCUCCCCAUUCCCAAACUGCCUACCAGGACUGGGAAAGGGUUUUGCCAUUCCUCUUUUGGAUUUCUGAUGAAAUGCAGAAGGGUGGCAAGGAAGUCCUUCACCACUUGGCAGGAUAACUGCUUUAUUUAUAGGAGUAUAAACCACCAACUCAUAGAAAAAUAUGGUGGUGUGCAUCCUCAUCAAACUAAAACAUCAUUCAAAUUUAUAAAAGGCAGGAAAUUUGUUCACUGGAUAUGCCCAGUGGAGUAGACGUAUAUCUUGGGUUUCAGUGCAGGGGUUGGUUUUUGGAAGUGGGGGAACCUACAUUAGCUGUGGAAGCUCUAGGCUCAACAUAGUCAAAUGCCGGGCUUGUUAUUUUUCUUGAGUCCUCUGAAAACCUUUUGACUUCCCUGCCAUAAACCAUCAGUCCCUCCACCCACAUCGCUAAGGAAUUGGCUCUGGCAUACUUCAUCAGCUUUCUUUUCCUGAUUUGGGUGGAGCUUCGCCUUGCCCUACCUGCACUUUGACCUUUUUCUUUAAUCAUGCAAACUCAGUCCCUUUAAAAGCAGGUGCACCUGCACCCAGUUGGCAAUUGACAGUAGAGGAGGUCUGGUGGAGCUGGUCUGCCACAUCAAAGCCAAUGGAGUGAGCUCUGCUACCCAGCCAUCCCACUGCACACUUCACAGUUGUUGUAUGUGUCCCUAUCCAGCCACAGACCCACAUAAGUCUGUGCAGGACAAGUAUCUCUCAUGCAAAAAGCCAUGGGGAGGGAAUGCUUAACCCUUCCCCUUCUGAGACUCUCCUCCCAAAUGGGUCCAGAACCCUAAAGCAGCUUAUGCAGGGAGUUUUAGGGGGAAAUGGGUAGGGAGGGAAGUCGGAGAUGGAGAGCCUUCCCCUGCUUGUUGCUGUACUUCAACUCCCAUCAUCCCUGACCGUUGGCUAUACUUGCUGGCAUUGAUAGUCCAGCAACAACUGGAGGGCCAAGGGUUCCCCAGUUCUGGGUUAAGUAUUUCCUUCUUCCGCUCCUUGUGUUCCGCAGCCCAUUGUGGCACAUGGUUGCAGUGUAACAUGGAAUAUGCAAUCCUUGGUAUUUCCUUACAAGUCUUGUUUUCUUUUCUUACUUAUUUGUAUCCCAUCUUUUCCAUCAUGGGACCCAAGGUGGCAUGUAUGUGAUGCUCAGGCCCAGGCGCUGGGAGACCAGACCCAGAACUGCUUAGUUUCAGCAAGGUGCUAGCUUCAUAGAAUCAUAGAAUUGUAGAGUUGGAAGGAAUCUUAACUAAAGCAUCCAUGGCAGAUGGCCAUAAUAAUAAUAAUAAUAAUAAUAAUAAUAAUAAUAAUAAUAAUUUAUUUAUUUAUACCCUGCCCAUCUGGCUGAGUUUCCCCAGCCACUCUGGGCGGCUUCCAAUCAAGUGUUAAAAACAAUACAGCAUCCAACUCUUGCUGAGCCAAUUGAAGCAAUUGGCGGUGGAGGGAGGAGCUUCUCCAGGGUGGGAACUAGGUGGGGUUUUGGAGUGGCACAGGGUUUGCUGUGUGAGACAGUGUGCUGGAUUAGAUGGGCCUUUGACCUGAUCCAGCAGGGCUCUUCCUAUGCUCAGAGCAAAGGAGGCAAGAGAUGAGGCAAGGCAGUGCAAUAAGCUAUUCAGACUGGAGAGUUACAGAAGUUUAUGUAGAUAGGGUUGCCAUGCAGCCUGCAAAUGUUGUGGUUUCUUUGUCCACACCACCCCCCCGCCCCGUCUCCUUCCUGUUGUGUGACACUUGCUCACUGCAGCAGCUGAGGGAGGAGUAGGGUGGAAGUGGGUGGGGGAGAGGUGCAGAUGACAAGACCGGAGGAGGAACAGACUUCGCUGCAUUGCUUUCCUGAUACAUUUGGGGGAUUUAAAUGUACAGGACAGAUCUCUCUGGAUUCUAGGCUUAUAACCUUGUAUGUAUGAGUGAAUAGCAUGGUGCAAGUCACCUGACAUCCUAACCCAGAAGAAAAUAAUCCUAGUUUCUCCUUUUUCUGUCUUACUAUAUUGGGGCUGAAGGAGUGGGGUACUGAGACCUGUUUUCCUUAGCCCUUUACCUCAUGUACAGAGUGUACACUUAACACUCCAUUUGCAUUAACUAUUCAUCCUCUUAAAGUCUUGAUUCCUAGUUUGUUAGUCCUCCCCCCACCCCACCCCCCGCUUAGAGUUUCUAGUGGGCUAAAGCAGGAAAUCGAAGAGAUCUGCUACAGGACAGUAACAAGAGCUUUUAUUUUACAGUAUUUUAAUUGAUUUUAUUAUUUGCUCCCCUAGGCAAGGGUGUGCAACAGGCUCAGAGGAGGAUGGUGGGGCAGGAGAGACUAUUGCUGCAUCCUAUUUUGCUGGUACUGAUCUGUUAAAUCUCCAGAUUACAACCUGGCAGCUCUACCCUAGUUUUUCUUCUUGUUUACACUGGGAAGAGCUGCUCCCUGCUCCAUAGAGAGAAACAAAAAACUGCUUUAGUUCUAAACUUCUUUCCAGGAGUACUGAAUUGUUUGGUUAGGUAUCUUUCCAGGAGUUAUUCGUGCUGCUUUCCAAGAGCUGCAGUGUGAGCUUGAAUGCUCUUCAGCUGAGGGAUGGUGUGGAACUUUGCCUACUGAUGUACAUAAUUUGAGAGGUGAAUGUCCACUGUGGAAUCCAGCUUGCCAUGUUUUGUUUAGAUGUGCAGUCUUCUCUCUUAGAUCCAGCUUCAGGGAAACCAGCUUUUUCUAGCUGUGCAUAUAGGGAUGCUGGGGAUUCAGUUCAGUUCACAUUUUAAUACAAAAUUCCCUCAUCUGCACUUUCUGGAACAUUGUGCAAAGUGAAACUCAGUUAUCCUUAAAAUGUUGCACUUCUCUGAAUUUGUGAAGCAGUUCUCCAGCCAAGGAAUGUGUCCAAAAAUGCAUAUGCUAGGGUGCAUAUGCCUAGGACCCACAUCCCUACGGGACCGCCUCUCCUGGUCUGCCCCGCGGAGGACCUUAAGGUCCACAAAUGACAACUUUUUGGAGGUCCCAAGUCGCAAGGUGGUUGGAUUGGUCUCAACUAGGGCCAGGGCCUUUUCAGUACUGGCCCUGACUUGGUGGAAUGCUCUGUCACAAGAGUCUAGGGCCCUGCGGGACUUGACAGCUUUCCACAGGGGCUGCAAGACAGAGCUGUUCCACCUGGCCUUUGAUUUGGACUUGGUUUGACCCUUAUGUUUCCCUCCCCUUACGGUUUUGAUCUAUGGGCUACUUUUAAAAUGAGGCUGCAUUUUAAAUUGGUCUUUUCCCCCCUAUUAUGUUUAUUGUAAUUUUACUGGUGUUAUCUGCCCUGAGCCCGGCUCUGGCUGGGGAGGGCGGGGUAUAAAUAAAAUUUAUUAUUAUUAUUAUUAUUAUUAUUAUUAUUAAUGGGUGCAUAAAAAUGCAUAUGUUAGUGAAAAUAAUAUACAAAACUGCAUUGCAUAUGGGGAAUUACUUGCAAAAAUGUGUAUAUUGGAGAAAAUUGUAUACAGAAGUAUGUGUAUCAGAGAAAUAAACAAUAUAAUGCUGAUGAGUUCUCAUGAGCUUUUUAAAAACAAUGCAAACUGAUGUGGAAAUGCGGAGAACUCCGUUUAAGAUUAGAACAAUUAAAAAAUCUGAAAUUGACAGAUUUGUCCACACCCUGGUGCAGAAAACCAGCUGAUUGUAAACUUCAUGAUAUCACAGACUCACCCCAGAGACCACAAACAGCAGCAGUUUUUCAUCAUUUUAAAAAUGAAUUCCCAGUCAUUCGGACUCUGCUGGGCAACAGCACGGCACAAAGGGCCUCAGCAGCAGAUCUCAGUGCAGGAUAAUAUUGGGGGGGGGGUGCUGCUUCAGAUACCUGGAUCCUAAGUUAUUUAGGGUUUUACACAUUGGCACCUUGCAUUGGGCUCAGUGGUGAACCUGGUGCAGUUGUGUCGAUUUGCUGUGCUUUGUUCGUUAGCUUUCUGCAGGGCAUCCAACCCCCCCCCCCCCGGUCCAUAUCAUCCUGAAUUUUUCCUGUGGUUCCUCCUCCUUUUUUGGAUCACAGACAAAUGGAAGAAUAGCAUCAUCUGUGCAAGUGUAAAUGCCUUUAGCACUACUCAUGCCUUUUUUAAAAGGUGAGGUUUUGACGUGGGCAGUGGCCUGUUCAGAAAGUGAACUCAUCAUAGCUCAACACAAAUUCAGUAUGACAUUUUGGGGGUGGGGUGGGGGGUUUCCAUUUGAUAACUGUUGUUUGGUUUCUUUAACCUGUCUUUUAACUAUUUCUAGAAUGCUUUUCUGGCAAAUAUACAUACAUACAUACAUACACACACACACAGUACUAUAACACCAUCACCCUAUAGCACUAUUGUGCAUUAUAUAGCAUUAUCAAACUAUAGCAACAUAAUAACUUAACAUUAACAUUAACCCAGUAUGGUGUUAUAGUGUUAUACUAUACGUGGGAAAGUAAUAAUUAUCUUUAAUUAUCUUUUAAGAUAAUUAAAAGAUUGAUAAAACUCUUCAUGGGGUUUUUCAAAAAACAAAAUCAAACUAAGUUUUACUCAGAGUUGACCCACAAAAAUGAAUGGAUCUAAGUUAGUCAUGCUCAUUCAAUUCAGUGGGUCUCCUCUGCGUUAUACUAGCAUUGUGUACAGCCUUCAAGAAGGUUAUAAAAUGGCUCUUAGAAGGGAAAAGGGUUAGAGUGAAGUUAACUGGAUAAAAAAUAGUUGAAAACCUACUAAUGCAUGUAUGCACAUUAUUAUUAUUAUUAUUUUCAGUCUGAGCUGUUGAAAAACUUCUAAGGAGAGGGAAACGAUGACAUUCCACUUCUAUUACUGCCAAGUGUUAUAAACUGGACAGAUUUGUUUUUCCAACUAGGAAAUUUACAGACUUUGCUGAUAUUGUUAGUGACUCCAUAAAACAUCCCUUGGAAAGACUUUGCACUGGAUUUGUAAACUGAUCCAUUUUUAAACACAGGGUCAGUCACCUUGUAGUUCAGAUUACAGUUUACAUAAAUGCAUUGAUACCGUGAGACUGAAAUACAGUAAACUAAAGGGACUCAUAUACUGUAUUUAAAAACAGCUUAGGGAUUAUCCACAUCUCUGUUUGUCCUUUUGCUUUCCUCUGGGAAAACCCGCGGUUUAGCAACUGGGUUUUCAACAGAUUGCCUUUAGCUCCGAUUUAGCACUUGAGUGGCUUUUCUGGAGGAAAGGGGCAAGGCAAAAGCAAAACCAAUCAUCCCGUGGCCAGAAAGCGAGCAAGUGGAAAACUUGGCCCCGUGCUUUCCAGGCAUGAGACAAGCAGAAAUGUGGACCAGCUCUCAGUUACAAUAGGACAGAAUGCUAGCAUCAGGUUUCUGUUCCCACUGGGCAGGGGCUUACCAAGGGGUUGGCCGGGUUGGCCCCCACCAACAGUGCAGGUCCAGGGGUGCACAAAAACUGACAUCUCAGGUAUAAGUCAGCCUCCCGUGUUCCUAUUGUGGAUAUAAACACUGUCAUAGAUGGUCUAUUGGGGGGGGGAUGCGUGAUGUUGGGGAAAGAGGCCCUUUUUUAGCAGUAAACAAUACAUUCUCAGAUUGGCCAGUGUGACGUAGCUUCUCUUGAGUGUGGUGACAGCCAACUUCUACUUUUCCCACUGCAGAUGACGAAUUCCAAGAUGUCCCUGUGGAGCCUUGUCUCUGACAUGCCUCCAGAGCUAUUCAGUGGCCUCUUUGAAGAAUUUCCUCGAAGCCUGCGAUGCCUGCUGGGGGACUGGUUAGAAAACCAGCCUUGGUAAGUCUACAGAGGAGCAUUGUUCGAAAACAGCUUUGUUUUCUCCAGACAAACUCCCAGCACUGCUAUCAGUUCCCUCAUCUCAUCCCGCACAACUGUUCUUCAUAUACAGAUUGAAGUGAAGACGUGUCCUUGUAGGGCUUUCCCUCUUUGCAGUUUAUUAUUUUAUUUAUUUAUAGAAAUAUUUGUAUACUGCUGUGUCAUAAAAAUAUAUCAUAGUGUUUUACAACAAUAUAAAAACAUAAAACCAGUAGUUUUACCAUCAGUGACUUAACUCAGGGUAAGAUGUUGCAAUGUGAUGUCAUCCCUGUACCAGGGGUUAGGUCAGUUUUCUUAAAGAAGCUUUCCCCAACCUAGUAGCCUCCUGAUCUUGUUGGACUCCCAACUCCCAUUGGCUGCAGUCAGCAUGGACAGUAGUCAGGGAUGAUGGGAGUUGUAGUCCCCAUCUGGAAGUCUGGGGAAGUCUACUGAAAUGGCUCUUCAGCUGCGCAAGAACAUUAUGCAGGUCCAGCUUCUCCAGACCUGCUCCUUUGGCCAGCAGACAAAGGCUGUGAUGCUAUACAGGUUUACCUAAGAGCAAGUCCCACUGAACUGAAGGGGGAGGGCUUCUUUCUUCUUUCUUUUAAAAUAUUUUAAAUUGAUUUUCAGAACAAAUAACAGUUAUAAAGCAACUGCAAGCAGAACAACAAAGUGCAGUACUCCAGUUCCAAAAAACAUACAUUGUAAAACUUUUUAUAAAAGAAUGGUAAUGGUUUAUUGAAUUUUUACAGAUAAAUUGUAAACAGAUAAGAACAUUGGCAGGAUUAUUGUAAUAACCUGCAGUUUCAUAAGAGUAUAUAUUUAAAGAAGAUGAAUAAAUGAGCAAAUUAAACUACCGUAAUUUGAAUAUGCAGAAGAUAUUAAGAGUAAAUUUAAGGAACCACAGAAAGAGGGGGAAGGAAGUUAAGUUUUGAAAUGUCAUAAUGCUUGUAACAUUAGUGAAAUGUAUAAACCUAAAAAGUAUAUAUAUAUUUUUUUAAAAACCCAAAAACAUGCAUUAUCAAAAUUACAUUCCUGUAAACAAAAAAAGCAGUCAUUUUAGCUCCCCGUUGUACAUCAUCCUCCCUCAUAGGUGGGCUGUUAGGUCCAGAACCUCUCCCCACAGAUACAUGCGAUGCUGGAGGAAGGCCCAAAUAACAUGUUCAUUUUUACAUAACUGAAAAAGGAAACCACACUUUUUUCAUACUGGUCCUUUUUUGACUGGGAUUUACUUCAGAGUAGACAGGUAUAGGCAUACUGUUAGUGUUGUGUAGCCUUAGGCUGUGUACACAUCAUACAUUUCCCUUGGAAAUGAGGACCUGACAGGAAUAAUACUACUUGAGCCUAAAGAGGGCAAUAAUUGGGGGGGGUUGUUUUGUUUUUCUCAUUGAUUUUAUUAUUUACUUGGUGGUGUUCUGUAUUUUUAUGUUGUGAACCACCCUGAGAUCUUCAGAUGAAGAAUGGUAUACAAAUUUAGAUAAUUGAUUAAUAAUUUUGAGGACAUUUAAAGAAUCCUAGGACCCUCACAAAGCCACAAUUCCCAGCACCCUUAACAAACUACAGUUCCCAGGAUUCUUUGGGGGAAGCCAUGUGGUUUAUUAUGGUGUGUACAGAGCCUCAGAGAGUUGUCCUUUCUCCAGUGGCUGGCUGUGUAGGAAUGCCUUUGGCAAAAAACAAAAACUCUUCAUGUUUUGUUGCUUGAGAGAAAUGGGGCCUAUUAGGUGAUGCGGUGGCUUGGACAAAAUUUUGAAAAGGAAGGAGUGGGUGGAUUUGGCUGUGGAAUAAUGACCUACAAGUCUCCAAUUCUCCUUCUCUCUUUCUCAUCCUGUCCCCACUCCUGCUUGCCCCAACUAUCCUGGUCUCCUCAGGGAAUUCAUCAACAGCUCAGACACCUUCUGUGCGGUUCUUGCUGACAGGCUCCUGUCUGCCAUGGUGGAGAGACUGCAAGACCUAGCCAACAAAAACUGCCAGACUGGCCCAAUGCUUCAGGUCAUUGCCAAUAUCGAGGUAUGUAGGAGACUGAUGUCUGCUGAAAAAGGCCCGUGCUGGAGAGGGGCAGAUCAAAACAGGGCCUUCUGCUCUGCCAAUUUUAUCCUCUUACGUUACCUUCUUGUCCCUUUUUGUGGACAACGCAGCAGUUUGUUAUACUGGAACACCUAAUGAAGGUGUGUUUUUCAAAACUUUAGGAAAGUUAGCCUUUGGUAACUUAGGAACAGGGUGGAUUUGAUGACUGAAAAGGAUUGCUGUCUUAGGAUUGCUGAAUACCUCCCCAAGCAACCUCCCCCUCAUGGGGGAAGGAAAGGUAAACCCACUGAAAUAAAUGAGCCUAACUUAGCCAUUUUAGUGGGUCUGCUCUGAGCAUGACUAGCAUUGGAUACAACCCUUUGCCAAUUAUGUGCUAAGUUUCCAGGCUUUUGAGAGCCAGUUUCUUAGGCAAGGUGUGACAUAAUAAACAAUGGUGGGCUUACAGCUUGCAGUAUGGGUUCACUUUUGGGGAACAUGACCCACCCCAGCUUGUUGCCCCGAGUGCCCUUCCUUCCCAGGGUCACUAAGGGAGUGCUGGAGAACCUGUGGCCUUCCAUCCAGAUGUUGCUCUACUCCAGCUCCCUUUAGCCUCUGUCAGCUUGCCCAACAGCCAGGGAUGAUGGGAGUUGUAGUCCAACAACAUCUAUAAGGCCGCAGGUUCCCCAUUCUUGUCUAUACAGCAAUUUCAGUCCAUUCUUGUGAUGGGGAUAAACCAUGGGACAACCUCACAGGUGGCUUGAGGCACAAGCAUUAACAACAUUUGUCUUCUUCCCAAUAAUUCUAGAAUAGAUACCGGAGAGAGCCGCUGCAGUUGGUGGGGCCUAUAAAAAGAAUCUUAGAGGGAGAGCAAGCAGCAGCCCAACAGGUAAGAGGAAUGGCCAACGUGUGGCGGCUGGUCCUUUCUUUCUUUUACAUCUGGGCCCUCAGGCUGAGACUCUUCUGAUUGCUUGUGGCCACUGUUUUGUAGGAUCACUGCAGCUUCACUGCCCAGUUUACCCUAGUUCUUCAGCAUGUCACGAAGCAAUAGCUAUUUAGCUAUUAAAUAUGUAGAAGAUGGAAGCAGGAAGUGCCACGUCUCACUUUUGCUUCUUAUAGUUUCAGAAUGUGGCCCUCUUCAUCCAACGCCAACGGGAAGAAUUGAGGUUUAUAUUCAGUCUGCAGAAGCUGCAAUACAGAGUGCAGGAGAUUCAGGCGCUCCGGGAGAGCUUGAAUCAGAUGAACGGCAACGCAAGAGGUGAGGAGGUAGAGAUGAACGCUGCCAAGUUGGAGGGUACACAGGGACAGGUGCCUUCUUCCACCAUCACCUCACUUUGGCCACCCUCUUCUUCUCUCCCCCUGAUGCCUCCCCCCACUGCUCCAGUGCCCUCAUAGGCCCCACAACCCCAAAGGUUGGCUGAGCAAACUUGCCACUCUUGCAUUGGGGCCAGAGAUGGCUUACCUUAAAAUGGCAGUUGUUCCAUGCUAAUGCUGCUGGCUUUCUGUGCUGUAUGGGAACACCCUGGGAUGCAAAGAGUCCUGGACUUGAUCACUAUACAGUGGUACCUCGGGUUACAGAUGCUUCAGGUUACAGACUCCGCUAACCCAGAAAUAGUCCCUUGGGUUAAGAACUUUGCUUCAGGAUGAGAACAGAAAUCGUGCGGCGGCAGCGGGAGGCCCCAUUAGCUAAAGUGGUACCUCAGGUUAAGAACAGUUUCAGGUUAAGAAUGGACCCCCAGAAUGAAUUAAGUUCUUAACCCGAGGUACCACUGUAGUCAGUCUUAAUGUCACAAUUGUAGAGAUAAAACUGUUGAGAGGUGUGGAAGGAUGCCAUGGAUGGGCAGUGCUGAUUUUGAUUUCUUACUCCCCCUUCACCAUAAGGUUACCUGCAGUUUUAAAAUAGAACAGUAAAAAGAGAUUUAAACAAAUUACUGAAGAUCCUAGACACUGCAAGGGUUUCAGAGAGAGGCUUCCCUUUCUAGCUGUGCUUGCUUGACCACAAAAUUCACCAGAUCUUCUUUUGUGGCAAGGUUUGCUACCCUUUCAACCUGUAUGAAAUCAAGGACUUAUUGUGAAAAAAAAUUAUUGGCAUCCAUCUGUCUCCAGAGACAGUGGAAGAGUGCAACUUCAGGGGCCAAGUCAAACUGUUGGGAGGUUACAGAGCCUACUGUGGCUGUAGAGACCAAUACGGGAGUGACACGUUUUGUUGCAGCUGGGGCAGAUGAAAGCAUCAGGUUUCGCCGUUACAGGUGCACCGUGGCGUUUCUUCUCUCUGCUCUCCUCUCAGCAGCCAUUCCUCCCCUGGUCACUGCUGUCUGUCUCCAGGCCCUGUGAUCAUCUGUGAACAAAUAUAAUACUGGCUAUCAAAUAAUACCACAUUAUUUUAGAUUAUUAAAUAUAUAUAGAGAGUACAGGGCACAAUUGUUGAGCAGUAACCAUAGCUCCUAGUUAGGGAAUUGGUGUGGGUUUUUUGGUCAGUAUGGAGAUAGCAAGCAAAAUUCCAAUAUAAUUAGAUUUCUGUAAAAUAUAUCUCAUGAUGCUUUUUGCUGACCUGCACAAGCCUUUCCCUGCCACAAAGGUAUAUUUUUGAAACAGAAUGUAAUUCUGAACCUCAUCAUGCACCCACACAUUUUUCUGCUUGCCCAGCAGAAAACUGCUACGCUUUGCCCACAGAGUAUUAGGAACAGGAAGUUGCUGGGCAGAGCAAUCAUAUAUGCCAGUUAUGCUGGGGGAAGGGAGUAAGUCCUUGCCUUGUCCUUCUGUGAUAACUUAACUUAGGCCUGAAGUUCUUCUGCAGACGCUAAUCAUGAUUUUACGGUCUUCAGUUCCUUUGCAGCUGAACCUGCAAUUUUCACCCCAGGAGAACCUGCAAGAAAGUGUGAGUAACCCAUUCAUGAUGGUGGUCCAUUCAUUCUGCAGACACCAUUCUUGUUUGAUGAAUGGAUUUUGUUUAAAAGAUUUAUAUCUUUCCAUCACCUAGAUUGGGGAGAAGGAACCUGUGGCCCUUCAUAAGAAGUGAGCCACAGGAGUACUUUGCCAUGGAAGUCAUGGGCUGCACACUGCCUUGUCACACGGCGCAGGGAGGAGCGAGGCCAAAAUUUGAUGCCCCCUCCAUCAUUCACACAGCCUUCCCAAAGCUGGCUAAGUGAGGUGCCAGGCUUUGGGAAGAAGGCAUGAGGCUCUGGCAAGGUCCUAGAGUCCUCCCAUCUCCUUCCCCAAGCUGGGAAAAUGCUAAGUAGGCUUUGGGAAGAACCGGGAAGCCUCUGGGACCCUGUCAGAGCGCUCACUCCUCCUUCCCAAAGCCCAGCUGAGGAAGAGGAGUCAAAUGUUGCUGAGAGCCUCCAAAAAAGGUUUCAGUGGCCGCAUGCAGCCCUUUGGGCCACGCCCUAAACCACCUUGAUUUAACCCCUGGACACACAACAUGCAAACAGAUUGGUGCCGAAUCAUUUACUUAUUUAUAUCCCUCCUUUUAGGAUACAGGUCCUGUGAAGGUGACAAGUAACUUUCAGAUACAUUCUUUAAAGCCACAAUAAAGGAUACCAUCAUACCAUAAGUCACCAGGACUCUCCCCACAGGGCAGUUGGUGGCAGAUGGCUCUGUGGUUGGGGGAAGUAGUCUACUGGGAACACACUCCAAGAUCUUUUUUGCCUGGUUCCCUUUCUUUGAGACCACCACCCUGUUGUGUGGCACAUCUGAUUUAUGCCUCAACAGCAUUUGUUGUCUUCUUCAUGCCUACCAACCUAUUUGUCUCUUGUUUCAGUCUCUCCAAAAUCUUCAGAAUCUGUUCCUGAAAACAGCUAAUGAACUAGAAGGUGCAAAGAAAAUGGUGCUGAUGAGACUUAUGAUCUGGAAGAGGCAGCAACAGCUGGCUGGGAAUGGAACUCCCUUUGAUGAGGACUUGGCUCCACUCCAGAAAAGGUGAGUAGUGCAGGGAGAACUUAGUUAGUGCAUAACUUCAUUUGGGGAACUACUAUUUUGGCACUGUUGGGAGUUUCUUCCAACUCAGGUUGCAAAGCCAGUCAUAUUGUUAGUGCUGAUGGCGAGGAAGCUUGAGGUCUAAAUGUGCCUAUGGCCCUUUCGUGCUGCUUAAACAAACCCCUAAGAUAUAAAAGGGGCAAAGCAAUCUCCCUUGUUGGACCAGUCUGUGUCCAGACGAGCCUGGUAUGUAGUUGUUGUGUUCUAAAUUAUUUUUACACCAUAUGCAGGACUGUGUAUGUCCUGUGGCUAGAGCAAAGCAGUCACAAGUGCUAGAAAUGUACGUGUGUGAGCCUUAAAAGAAAAGUUCUGACACUCCAGAGGAUGAAUUCCUCACCUAGUACCACGCUGCAUACUCCCACAAAAAUUGCAGCAUCCCGCAAACAUGCAGCCCUGCCUAAACACUGCAACUAUACAUAUAGCCAGAAAAGCCCUUGUCUGGACCCUUGCUGAUCAACUUGGAUGUUUCUCUAACCCUCGGGUCCCCAGAACUAAAUGCAUCCCUCCAGGCCUCUCUGUCUGGCCUCUGGAAUUUGCCUCAGGUCACUCCCAAAUCUCCUCCAGCCACACUCCUCACUGGGCCUCCUUUGCCCCUCAGAUAUCUUUGCCUGGCUGGAAUGUGCCCUUGAACUCCAAUCAUGCUUCUUACUUGUCUGACGAGGGGUGUUGAAGUGUAUGUAGAACACUAGCCCACUCUACAAAGUUAAAAUUCAUUGCUCCACCCACUUUUGUCUCUGUUCCUUCCCACGACCGGCAUGUGGCCCCCAGAAGGGAAUGUGGCCCUCAACCUGUGGCUACCCCUGCUUUAACCUUUUGAUAGGCUUAAAGGCAGGGACACUGUUGCCGGUUGGUGUGAGGGUGACUGCAGCACCUUUUUGUCCAGUCUGUUCGGUUCUUAAAGCUUGUGUAAUCUUGGAGUUGUUGUGGGAUUUUGGUUGGUGGCAGGGGAAAUUAACCCUCACCUGGUGUGUUUCCUGGCAGAUUUGAAAGCCUGGUGGACAUUUGCUUCCAGCUCCGCCUGCAGUUGGUAGCCUCUGAAACUGAGCUGAGCUCUGAGCUUCAGGAACGUCUGGAUAAUGUCUUUAGUUCCCUCGUCAAAAAGUAAGGAGAAUCUCUGCCAGAAGCACCAAGGUCAUAGAUCUGAAGAGAAUCAGAAGAGCACUGAGAGCAAUUGCUUGCCCCCUGCCCACAUACCCUCAUCUCAAAGAUUGGCUUUCCCCUUACCAAUUCCCAACAGGUUAAACAACGCAGCGUAUGGUCACAUCCACACAAUACAUUUAAAGCACAAGGCGUCCCUCAAAGAAUCCUGGGAAUUCUGGUUUGUUAAAGUGCUGGGAAUUGUAGCUCUGUGAGAGUUAAACUACAGUCCCCAAGAUUCACGGAAUUUCGAUUUCCAGAGUGGUUUAACAACCAGUCCCUCUUUACAGGGAACUCUAGGAAUUGUAACUUUACAACACCUCACAGCACCCUUAACAAACUACAGCUCCCAGAAUUCUUUGGGGGAAGCCCUGACCAUCUAAAAUGCUGUCAUAGUGCUUUAGGUGUAUGAUGUGGAUGUGGCCUCAAUGUAAAUGUGGAAUAACUGUUGCUGCCUCCUGGAGACUGGGACAGGACUCUUCAGAUAAGUCCUUUCAGCCUUGAGAUCUGUGCUUCCACCAUUUUCUCCUCAUUCCUCUUCCCCAUCACUGCCAUUUAAACGCUACCCUUGGGUCUCCAUACAUUUGCCAGCAGAAUUUAGUUUUAAAGAAGGGCUGCUUUGCGGGGGUGGAGAGUUGCAGGCCACUCACACCAAGGUAGGCUACUGGCAAGUCCAUUGCCACAGCCAUAACAUUCCUCCAUAAAUCACUCUUGUCUCUGUGCUGACAACUGGGGAAAGACGGAUUGGUCCUACUCUAGGGGCUAGUUUUGUCCCUGGAGCCUUCAGUUGCUGAUUCUUCCUUUAGAUCCAUGUUUUCUGUCCAUCAUACUGACUGGGGAGCAGGGAGAAUGAUGAGGCUUACUGCAGCAGGGCUAAUAGCCAAUCCUUCUCACUGCUCCCUGGCUCUCUGACCACUGCUUAUGUCUCCCCUUCAGCUCAUUCCUGGUGGACAAACAGCCCUUACAAGUUCUGAAGACCCAAACCAAAUUUCAAGCCACCACACGCUUCCUGCUGGGCCCACAGCUGCUGAAGUCUCCACACUCCUUCACGGUCACCGCUGACAUUGUGACAGAGAAACAGGCACGGGAGCUAGCUACUAGCCACCUGGAGACUGUCCUCAGGUGAGCAGAACCCUUGCAGCUGAACAUGCCACUCUCCCUGUUGCUUUAUUUCUCGGUUUUAGCAACGUUUUGAGGUUUUGAAUACUAGGCGCAGCAAAGAGGUCUGAUUGCCCUUUUGAACAAAUGUCUUUCCCAAGGUGAAUCUGACAUAUUCUAGAGCGGAGAUAGAAGACAAGAGACAUGGUGAGCCAUUCUAGGGGAGGCAUUUCAGUUAAAACAAUCCUGCAAGACUUUCUGCCCCUGACUCCCCCCCCCCCCGACUUACUCCGUUCUGUGUCUGACAUAUUCCGAAGUCCCAUUUCUGAGCAUCAGUGGGGAGAACCCUCUUCAUCAGCAUCAGGAAAUAUUUGCAAAACCUCCCCCAUAGCUCCUAGAGGAGUUCUAGGGCGAGAGUUCACUGAACAGGCUUAUAUCUAGUGGUGCUUCCACAUUGCAGGGGCCCUUCACUACAAAGAGUUCCUGAAGGGUUGCAAGCAGAGCCGUCUUUCCCAUUGGUCUUAGUGGUUCAUCACGCCCAGGCGCUGGCCUCUCAGGGAUGCCCCAGCGAGUGGGGGAGCUGUGUGGCUUUGCCGGUGGUCUCACCUUUCCCUGCACGCCCGCCAGCUGCGCCCCGCCAACUACAGUGGUGCCUCGCAAGACGAAAUUAAUCCGUUCCGCGAGUCUCUUCGUCUUGCGGUUUUUUCAUCUUGCGAAGCACGGCUAUUAGCGGCUUAGCGGCUAUUAGCGGCUUAGCGGCUAUUAACGGCUUAGCGGCUAUUAACGGCUUAGCGGCUUUAAGAAAAGGAAACAAACUCGCAAGAACUCGCAAGACGUUUCGUCUUGCGAAGCAAGCCCAUAGGGAAAUUCGUCUUGCGGAACGACUCAAAAAACGGAAAACUCUUUCGUCUAGCGAGUUUCUCGUCUUGCGAGGCAUUCGUCUUGCGGGGCAGCACUGUAUAUGGCUGGCGGGCGUGUAGCUUCCUUCCCAAGUCUCUGCAGGAGGAGACCUAUCCCCGCAGAGGCUUAGGAUGGAAGCCUCUGCAUCUGCUAAAGACGGCUCUGCUCCCGGUUGUUGUCCUCCUCCUGCUUCCUGGCAAAAGGCGGCGCACAGCCUUCCUGGGCUGCCUUCUCAGGUGCCCCGACGCUGGAGAGCAUGUCCGUCAGCACGUUUUCCUGCUUGAUCGCUACCAUGCCAGGGAUCGGGGCGGUGGGGGAGGCAGAGGACAUUUUUCACGGGCUCCUCCCUUGUUUUGGAGUUGGGUGGUGUGGGUUUGUGGGAUAGCGAUUCCACAGAAAGCAAAGCUCUCGGUCACCUUUAUUACAUUUGUUGGUCUGAUUCCAAGAUCAGAUUGUGGUUUCAUGGAAGUCACUCUGAAAAUGUUGUUUUUCGCCUGAUACACCCACAAUUAUUAACCCCUGGCUCAGAAUGGAAGUACAUAACUCAUGUGCACUUUCUCUUUUUUGGUUUCAGUGAAAACACUGGAGAAAUUCAGAACAACACAGCACCUCUGGAGACAAAUGCAACAAGCAAUGCCUGCUGUGCUCUCUUUAAGAAUAUGGUAACUACAGCAGUGGAGUGUGUGUGUGUGUGUGUGUGUGUGUGUGGAUACAUUUGAAUGCUUGCGAUGGGAGGAGGAGAAACCACUGGUGACGUUUGGCCUCCCGAGCCAUUUAGGAUCAUCCUGCUCACAUGUAGGACCCUGGCAGAGACACAUGCCUGACUGGCAUGUUCUCUCCCUCUUGGUCGUUUGUUCGAGAGCUUCAAAAGCUUUCUUCAGCCCGAACAUCACAGCGAUUGAUACCAAGAAGUAUCAGCACACUUAGGGAUCCUGUAGAGUGUUAGCGGUUCACGUAACAAACUCAGUAGCACGGCAUUUUGGCUAAUCUACUUUGUUUACAUAUAAUACACUUGGAGCGUUCUGACUUAGCUCCUUCAUCUUUCUCAUCAGACAGCAAAGAGAAAGAACAAAGAACAAUAGUCCCACUUCACAGAACACAGUAAUACAAAACUUCCUGUCUCCGUCACUUCCACUAUGUGGGAUGAAAACAUACACCAUCAUGUGAUAGAAAACAAUCCCAUGACUGCAAGCACGGAGCAAGAAUCCUAACAGAGCCUCCCUCACAAGUUGGUGCUUCUCCCCUAGGUUGUAUGUUUGGGAGAAAGCUGCUUUGAGACUUUAUACCUGACUCUGGAUAAUUUUGUUUGUACAGUUGUACCUUGUAGGUCGGAACAGAAUCUGUUCCAGAAGUCCAUUCGACUUCCAAAAUGUUUGAAAACCAAAUCGUGAUUUCUGAUUGGCUGCAGGAAGUUCCUGCAGCCAAUCAGAAGCCGCGGAAGCCCUGUUGGAUGUUCAGGUUCCAAAAGAACGUUCACAAACUGGAACAAUCACUUCUGGGUUUGCCACGUUCGGGAGCCAAAAUGUCCGAGUUCCAGGGCAUUUGACGACCAAAGUAUGACUGUAUGUUAUACAUACCCUACUUGCCUUCAGAAACCAUAAAUUGGCUUAUGAAGAUAUCUCUAAAGCAAUCUUCCGUCCAGGCCUUGAGCAGACUGCAUCACACACACAGAGUUUUAGAAUUGUCACAGCAUUGUGUGCCUUCAAACCAUUAACUGGGAUUGCAUAGCUUUGGGUGGGGGGGAGGAACCUGCGGCUCUCCAGCUCCCAUCAGCCCCCAGCCAGAAUGGCCAACAGUCAGGGAUGGUGGGAGUGUAAUCUGGCAGCAUCUGGAGGGGCACAAGUCCACUGCCAAUGCUCUAAGGCUGAGAACCUGGCAUAUGCCGCAGACACCUGCAGCAGGAUGGGAUGACCAAGUUAUGAGAUGAUAGGAAUAGGCUGCUCCAUUUCAGAUUGCAGGGGAAGAAUAUUUUUCCACUAAAAAAAAUUAAAAUACUUGCUUCAAGAAGAAAAUUGGCACAGCAGGGAGAAAAGUUCUAGCUAAAUCCUUGCCAUUCUGUGCUAGUUUUCUUUUUCUUUUUACUGAUUUUGAUAUACAUAAAUCAAAAUGCAAAACUUAAAACGAAAAAAAGAAAAUACAAAAACUCUGUGCUAGUUUUCUACUUAUAGGGAGUAUUUAAAAAGAAGAAGGGCAGCUUCCUAUAUUCUGAAGUAAGGCACUCUGAUCUUCCAUGUCAGAACGGUACUUCCCCAUUUUGUCCUUGUUCUUCUCUGUGUUUAGAUGUAGCUGUAGAUUCUAGUCUCUGAAUUUGGACUCUAUGAACAACUGGACCACUGUGGCUUCAUGAUUCACGGUGGCUGUUGGAUCAGAAACAGAUAAAAAGGAGGCUGAAGUAUGGAGUAGAACUUCCCCAAGCAGUAGCUGAAGUUGUUACUUUGACCCCACAACAUUUGUGACAGUUUCUAGGUUAGCCAGGUGUGAUUUUGCCUUUCUCUUCCUUCAGCUCCUAAAGAAGAUCAAGCGCUGUGACCGCAAGAGCACCGAGUCUGUGACCGAAGAGAAGUGCGCUAUCCUCUUCAGUGCCAGUGUUAGCCUUGGUCCCAACAAAACCAUCUUCCGCCUGCAGGUAACAGCCCUACAGCUUAGGUUUAUCUCAUUAUUUGAGAGCCAGUGUGCUGUAGUGGUUAAGAGCGGUAGUCUCGUAAUCUGGGGAACCGGGUUCGAUUCCCCGCUCCUCCACAUGCAGCUGCUGGGUGACUUUGGGCUAGUCACACUUCUUUGAAGUCUCUCAACCUCACUCACCUCACAGAGUGUUUGUUGUCGGGGAGGAAGGGAAAGGAGAAUGUUAGCUGCUUUGAGACUCCUUCGGGUAGUGAUAAAGCGGGAUAUCAAAUCCAAACUACUACUGCUUAUUUGGCUUGCAGAUUGUGGCCUGUUGGUGAUUUUGUUGCUGGAAGGGCACAAAUGGAUUCCACAGAGGCUCCAGGGAUGACCCACUUCCUAAGUCUCAACAGGCUGUUCUGCAUGGUAGACAUGAAGCCCCAAUCCCGCCCAACCAAGGUGGCCUUGGUGGAAAUGUUGAAACCCCCCAAAACUACAGCCUGGGCCUUUUUUAAUACCACCUCCAAGCCUGCCCAGUUGCCUCAGGCAGGUAUGGAAAGAAAAGUUAGGGGUGUCCUUGCACAUCUUUGCUGCUCCCCCUCCAGCUGUGGAUAGGAGCUGUCACCAUCUCAGCCAUCCCCUGAGGGGAAGGAUCUCUCCACCACCUCAGAACCAGAUCAUGGAACAAGCUGUAAAGGCCCCCAGGAAGCGCACCACUGGUCGCAUCCUGAGCUUCUCACCCACAGCCACUGCCUGGAAUGAGUGGGGCACUAUGGCCUCUCCCCCCCCCCCAUGCCAUCUUCAGUGUGCCAGGGCUUCCCCAGGCUGCCUCCAGUCUGGUGUUGUGGGGAGGGCCACCAUUUUCUGUUUUGCCUCAAGUGGCAAAAUGUCUUGGGCCAGCCCUGUAUGGGAGGCAAUUUCAGAUGAGCUGAGGGAGCUGUGGGCAGCAAUAGUUUUCUUGAAAAUCUUGUAAAUAAAUCUUUAAUGAGCCCCACAUCUGAAUUAUACUACUAGAUAGCCCAGUUUCAGGUACCUGGGGAAGGAAAAGUGUUACUCCUUUUCCUCCUCCCUCCUGAAGCCAACUCUAUAUUACACACCUCAUUUUCCACUUAAACAGGAGCACUCCUGUUAGGGACUUGGGGAUACAGUGCAACAUUUUGUUGCAGGUCACCGCUUUUGGUUUCUAGAAUUGGAAAUUCUUCGUUUUCGGCAGUGAAUUUGGAGAGGGCUGUAACUCAAGGGAAGGGCUGUGGCUCAGUGGUAGAGCAUUGCUUGGCAUGCAGAAGGUUCCAGGCUCCAUCCCCAUCAUCUCCAGGUAGGGCUGGGGGAGCUCCCUGCCUGAGACCCUAGAGAGCCAGUCAGUCCACUGGGCAAGAUGGACCAAUGGUCUGAGUCUGUCUAAGGCAGCUUCUUGUGCUCCUGUGAGAGAUACGAGGGGCAGGGAGAGGGCUCUGGCUGUAAAGAAAGCAACCCCCCUGCUAAAGUGUGCUUCCUCUUUCUACUUCUUGUGUUCCAGGCUCUGUCACUUCCCAUUGUGGUGAUCGUCCAUGGCAACCAGGAGAACAAUGCCAAAGCCACCAUCUUAUGGGACAAUGCCUUUGCCGCUGCUGUAAGUGAUUGACAUAAGCUGACAUAUAAAGUUGUCUGUGUCCCCAAGGUGUAGAAGCACUUGUUGUUGGGGCAGAAUUGAAGAGUACGGUGUGACAUCAAGUGAAAUGGAUAGUUCAGCUGGUAGAGCACGAGACUCUUAAUCUCAGGAUUGUGGGUUUGAGCCCCGGUUUGGACAGAGAUUCCUGCAUUUCAGGGGGUUGGACUAGAUUAGGGUUUCCCAAACCUGGGUCUCCAGCUAUUUUUUUGACUACAACUCCCAUCAUCCCUAGGUAACAGGACCAGUGGUCAGGGAUGAUGGGAAUUGUAGUCCAAAAGCAGCUAGAGACACAAGUUUGGGAAACUUUGCACUAGAUGAACCUCAUGGUCCUUUCCAACUCUACAAUUCUGUUAUUCCAUUAUUAGUUGCACCUGAACAAGGAGAUGCCCAACACCUGGCUUUUUCAAAGUGAAGAGGUUUGGUAACAGCACAAUGUGUUUGCGUUUUCAGAUGGGAGGGGGCACUAGGAUGAAACCAAAACCAAAGCAAAAUGCUUCUCAUGUUAUGGCAGUGAUUUGGGACCCACUGCUGCACCACUGCUGUCCAUGCUACUGAAGCAGCAUGAAGCGCUCUGCAUCACAGGCUGUGACUCCUCCCCAUGCCAGCAUUAUCCCAGCUUCUGGGAGGGUGAUCUGUAGUGUGCAUGGACUUCUUCCACAUGACCCAUAGCUUCUCACAUUAAGGACAAAAGAAGAACCCCGCUGGUUCAGACCGAAGACCCAUCUUGUUCAGCACUCUGGUCUGCCUAUGAGAAGAUCAUAAGCAGGACCUCACUGCAGAAAAACUCUCCCCACUUGUGAUUCACAUCAACUGGUAUUCACAGGCAGAGGCAUACCUAGGCUCCCUUGCACCCUCGGCAAGGAGAUGUAUUGUGGGAAUAUUGUGGGUAACAGGAGAGGAUGUAUUGAUUAAUAUAAUCCUUCCUAACUUGCACUAACAAGUUUCUUUAUACAGCAGAAUGCAUUCCCCCUUUACACAGCAAGAAGCUGGUUGCAGACUCGUGUGAGUCAUAAGCAAUUCAAUCUGGCUUGCCCUGAUUGGAUAUGUUACUGGUAUGAUCCCUUGAAUCCCUCCUAAAAGACUAAAGACACAACAGUCUUAUUCAUAAGUAACAAAAAGUAGUUUUACCCACGAUCAGGCAGAGCACAGUGUGAUCCCUGAAAGCAGGCUUUAGGCUUAAAGUUACAAAUAUGUACAGAUAGGUUUACCCCAUAUGGGAGAUAACCUGUGCAGUCGGAAGUGAAGCAGGCAGGACGGGAAAAAAGGGAGGUGGCUACACGACUUGGCCUUUCACCAGGUCUGGGAAGGUCACGCCCACCUACUAGUCACAUGCAAAAGGAAGGAUGCUCCAGCCAGGUGUAACAGGAAGUUCAACUGGCUUGACCAACAUUCCCCAUGCAUGUUCACUCUAGGCAAACAGGAAAUGUUGUACUUGACUGCUUCAGAGGAUUAUAUCUCACAUAUACCGGAGUGGAGGUCUGAUAUUUGGGGAGGGGGGGGGCUGGGGCCUGUGUCUUUGGUGGAGGCUAACCUAGCCACCUCCUAGGUGCACUUCUGUUCAGAGGCCCACCGCCUCUGAUCCUAGAGGGAACAUGUAGCCAUCAUGACUAGUAACCAUCGAUAGCCCUCUCUUCCUCCAUGAAUUUGUCUAAUCCUCUUGUAAAGACAUCCAAGUGAGAGAGAAUUCCAUAGUUCAGUUAUGUGAGGACUUUCUUUUACCUGCCCCAAAUCUUCCUGCAUUCAGCUUUAUUGGAUGUCCCCACCUCUCAAUAUGAUGAGAGAGGGAGAAAAACUUCAUUCCAGGCCAGUAAUGUAACAUGGAAGCCUAGUCCUGCCCCCAUGGGUGCAAAGUGAGUGAGAAUAUUGGCUAUGCAGGGGGAGCUUGUAGGUAGGACAUAACAGAGUCUGUUCUUAGAGUCUUGGGCUACUCCUUUGCUGUUAUUUUGUGUGCCGUUGCCAUUGUGAGGUGGGCGGGGAAGACCAAAGAGUGGGAGAGAUUAUGAAUGUGCAUUCUCCUCCUGCUGCUGCUUCCGGUGGUUUGUUCUCUCUGUGUGUGUUUCUGCAUAGCUGUGAGGUUCUGUCUCUCUGGCCUAUUCCAGAAUCGCAUCCCUUUCAUGGUAGCCGAGCGUGUCAGCUGGGAGUCCAUGUGUGAGACUCUCAACCAGAAGUUCAUGGCUGAGGUGGAGACAACUAAAGGGCUGCUCAAGGAGCACUACUACUUCUUGGCUCAGAAGAUCUUUGGUGACAGCAACGCCAGUCCUGAGGAAUUCCAGAAGCGCCAAGUCUCGUGGUCCCAGUUCAAUAAGGUCCCUCAGUGGGUUUUGUAAGGAGGGUGGGAUGGCGGUGAGUGGGGCCUCCCUGGUUCCCUUCCUUCCUUUACUCACGCACCUUUUCCAUUUACAGGAGAUUCUUCCUGGCCGAGGAUUCACCUUCUGGCAGUGGUUUGAUGGGAUUCUCUACCUCACCAAGAAGCACUUGAAGGAUUACUGGUCUGACCGGUAAGAAAGCAACUGGACUGAGCCACUGUGUGGUGUAAUUAGCCAGUAAAAGUGUUGGACUAGGCCUGAGGUGACCUUGGGCCGGUCACUAUCUCUCAGCUUAGCUUACCUCACAGGGCUGUUAAGAAGAUGAGGGGGAGGGUCCUCCAGGGUGUUAGGAGAGGGUCUGUGGCACCACUUCUUAACAAGUGGUCCCUAAGCUGAAAGUCAGUCAGUCACAGCUGGUGUUUCCUUCCCUUUCGCAGAGCUGAGGAAACUCACAGGCCUCAAGGUCAGCAGGGGUCUUCUGACUGGGGUGUUUCCAGGUGAUCUGUUUGUUCAGCAUUCACCCUGAUUCAUUUGCAGGGAGAUUAGACAACACUGACUUUGUACUGAGCAGUCAUUCUGAUUCGCUUGUGGGGAGAUUAGAUGACAUUUCAUCAAAGCAAGUGAUAUUCCACACUUUCCAGUGCUUCCCCCCUCCCAUCAUUUUUUCUUAUCACAAAAAGGCUGAUCUUUUAAAUCCCUAUCCCCCCACCCUUCUUUCUCUCUUUGUGUCCAUCUGUCCCACACAGACUCAUCAUGGGCUUUAUCAGCAAGCAGUAUGUUUUCAGUUGCCUGAGCAAUGCUCCAGCCGGCACUUUCCUGCUGCGCUUCAGUGACUCCGAGAUUGGUGGCAUUAGCAUUGCCUACGUCACAUACGCUCCAGACGGUACGGCUUCGCGUAGGGCAGCAGGGCUGGCUUGCUCUUGCCUCACCUAGAGCAGUAGGGGAUUGUUGGGGGGGUUGAUUCACUUUGCAUUUAUAAACGGGCCUAUCUAAUUUGCACUUUCUGAAACAAAAACAGCAACAAACUGAAGCACAACCGUCUUUCGCAAAUCACACUUCUCUGAAUUUUGCAAUAUAGUUCUCCAACCACAAAAUGUGCCCACCAUGGCAACAUGUGUAUAAAUGCAUAUAUGAGUGAAAACAGCAUACAACAAAGUAUUACAUAAAGGGAAAUUGUUUUGAAAAAAAAUGUGCAUUCAACAAAAUAGCAUACAAAUAUUAUAUUGCAAGAAAUGAGCACUAACAUGCUGCUAAAUUUUCAUGAGGACUUAAAAAAUACACACAAGCUGAUGUGGAAAUACAAAGAGCUGAACUUAAUGAACUGGAAAAAUGAGGAAGUGAAAGAAACCCAAACUGACAGAUUUGCUCCUCCCUAAGGAUCCCCUGUCUAAGCCCCCAGCCCUGAGUCAGAGGGGUUUGUUUUGUUUUUAAAAUCACCUUGGCUGCAAGCCUGUUCAUCUUUACUUAGGAGUGAGACCCACUGAGCCAAUUAGGUCUUCCAUAUGAGUCAAUAUGAUGGGCUCACGCUGUUUGUCUGCCAGUGCUUUAGAAACUAGCAUUCUCCCUUGCUGUUCUGGUUUGGAAAUGGAUUGGUAGGCAAGAACAUAUGCCUUCAGCCCUGGUUCUGAUUUGGGCAGGGGUCCGAAGGCAUUCUAGCUUUCUGCCAGUCAGCUUUCAGUUGUGGGCUUUCUCCUGUGCUGAUUUCUGACCUGUCCUCACAGUGUUAAGACAGGACUGGUGUCAGAACCAGGCUGGGGAAUUUGACGCCCUUCGGACGUAAUAGAACUCCAGUUCCCAUCAGCCCUGGGCAGCAUGGCCAAUGGUCAGGCAUGGUGGGAGCUGGAGCCCAGCAACAUGUGGAGAGCCACAGGUCUGUGUUACAAGUGCUGCAUUAACUGAGAGCAGGUUGCUUACAGGAGCACAAGGUCAGCAUGAAUAUAGCAUGUUGCUCUGUUUAGAAUCAGCCCAUUCAGCCUUGUAUGGUUUUAUUCCCAGCUCUGCUAUCUGAAAUCUUUUAAAGAUGCCAGAAAUUAAACUUGAGACCUUAUGCAUGCAAAGCGAAUACUCGUCCCUUACAGCAGUCCCUGUCCCCCAACACCCAGCAGAGGCUGGCCAGUUAUCUGUGGCUGGAAAUGAAAUGGUGUGAGGAAUAGAGGUUAUGUGUGCUUUCUCUAGCUUUGUUUUUAUAAGAAAAUAAUAACAAUAGCAAUAAUAAUUUUAUUUAUUGUACUCCACCCAUCUGACUAGGUUGCCCCAGCUACUCUGGGCAGCUUCCAGCAAAAAUACAAAUAAAACAAAAAACAUCAAACAUUAAAAGCUUCAUAAGAAUUGCCUACUGGAUCAGGCCAAUGGCCCAUCUAGUCCAGCAUCCUAUUCUCACAGUGGCCAACUAGAUGCCUGGGGGAAACCCACCAGCAGAAUUUCAGCACAGGAUCUCUCUCCCAUCCUGUGGUUUCCUGCAACUGGCAUUCAGAAGCAUUUCUGCCUCCAGCUGCGGAAGGAAUUGCCAAGGGGAAUGAGCUAGUGAGUUUGUACCACAUCCGGGGUACGGCCACUACUGGGGCUUCACUUCCUGGUUUGUGGUGUGUCCUUUAUUAAAGAGGAAGCUGCUUCCCUCUGAACUCUGCAGCAUUUGAACAAACAUCUCAAGGAGUACUAGGUUUCCUCUUGCUGAAGGGCUGGGGAAGAGUGGCUCCAUCUUUAAGGGGUAGGUUGCAGUAUAGUGUAGUGGUUAAGAGCAGUAGACUCGUAAUCUGGGGAACCGGGUUCGCGUCUCCGCUCCUCCACAUGCAGCUGCUGGGUGACCUUGGGCUAGUCACACUUCUUUGAAGUCUCUCAGCCCCACUCAACUCACAGAGUGUUUGUUGUGGGGGAGGAAGGGAAAGGAGAAUGUUAGCCGCUUUGAGACUCCUUCGGGUAGUGAUAAAGCAGGAUAUAAAAUCCAAACUCUUCUACUUCUUCUUCUUCCCUCCCUCCAGCUCUCCUCAUGAGGAGCUUACAGUGUGACACCACAGGAAAAAACACGGAGGGCUUGUGGAAGCUGCUCUUACCCAGCCUAGAUUCAGCCAGGGGCCCUCUUUCUGUGGCGUGGGUGAAAGAACUCAGGGCUGGGGGCUAAAUGUUCCUCUGUAUCAGGCCCUUGGGACUCUUUGUAGGCCAACCCUACUCCUUGCCCUCCUUGAGUGCUUUUGCCUGGCUGGAAUGUGUCCUUGACCUGAUAUACUUUUGCUUGCUAGGAUGGAGAAAUUUGGGUGUGGAAACCUCUGUGUGGCUGGAGAAAAUAUUUGCAGCCUCAUGUGCAGAGAUAAUAUUUGCAUUCAUAGCUCCACCUGCUUUCCCUCUGGCCCCUGAGUUUAACCCCACUCAGUGGACCAGAAUGUGGUCUAAACCCCACUUUAAAUCCAUAUCAAAAAGAAAAGAACUCACUCUGAAAAUCACCUACAGGUAGUACCUAAUACCAAGAAAACUAGCACUAAUAUGCCCAGGAACCUCACCAAAAUGGUGGAGAGGGUGUACCUCCACAGGCACAUACCUCCACAUGUGGUGGGAGUGUCCCAAAAUCCAACUAUUCUGAACAACAGCCAUACGAGAAGUAUGUAAAAUAACCAAGCAAGUAUUAGAAAUCACCCCAAAAUUGUCCCUACUAAACAUCUUCCAAGACAACCUACACCCACUUACACCACAAAGAACUCAUAACCCACCCACCUCAUAACCUCAGCAGCCAGAAACAUAACCAGACACUGGAAAGACCUGUCAGGAAUAAGCAUGGACCAAUGGUACCAAAUAGUAUGGGAAACAGCCUUACUAGGAAAAAUUAACCAAUAAACUGAAACUGACACGGGGACAUAUAGAAGAAGAUGCCUUCACCCCAGUAUGGCUCCCCUUUAUCACACACACAGCCCAACAAGACAAUGACAAAAAUCCACCAACAGCAUACAAAUCAAUAUGGCUAACCUGAUCCAAAACACCCACCCACCCCACUCACACAUGAAAACAAAGACCACCACAGCCAACCACAAAUGAACAGCCACACCCUGGGCCAACCCCAACCUCUUUCACCACCAAAGGAACAUAAGUGAACAGCAGAGAACCUGCACAAGCAAUGCUGACACAUAACCCCACAUAUAUUAAGUAAAAUAGAAACAUCACCACCCCACCCCCACCCAUCUUUCCCCCCUCCACCUCUUUCCCCCUAUUCUUACUAAUGUCUCAACAAUUGAAACCAAUUUGUAAAAAAAAAAAAAAAAAGUUACAUGGCGAAAAAAUAUGAGAGACAUUGCACAUACCUUUGUAAAUUAAGAAAAUCUUUAAUAAAGAUACAUUAAAAAAAUAAAAGCAAGAGGAGGGGAAAAGAAAAAUAAUAAUUUAAAUAUGUGCUUUAUACUAAAUAAAUAAAUAAACAAACAAACUAAAGAGAUAAAAUGCCCCUGCUGCUAUAAGAAAUGACAGGUAUCAGAAAUUACCUCGCCAAGGCCCAAGGGGUGAGGAGCAGUGGAAUACAGCUGUAUUUUUGUAGGAGCUCUGACCAAGAAGAAGGAAUGGAGCUUCUGUGCUUCCAAGCUUGCACCAAGGCAUAAAAAACCCCUUUAGGUCUGUGGUCCGAAUCCAACACUUGAGAGUGUAGGUACGUAGUUGGAGCUCAAAUUGCCCUCAUUUCUGUCUAAACCCAGCUGUUAAUAUGUUUUGCUCUCACCAAAUUCAUGUAAAAGGGAGGGUUUCGGAGUAAGAGGAGAUUCUGUGCCGAAUUGGAGACACUUUGGGAAAGAGACUAGUUCUGCUGUCUGAAACUGUAGAACUUCCUGCUACGUGUGAGGGACAUUUGCCAAGGAAGUAAGAUAACAGUUCUUGUCCUGGGAAGCUGCUAAAUGCAUUCAUUUGUUUAAUGCAAAGUACAUGGUCAAAAAUGCAUGUCACAUUAAGUGAGUGAAACACAGAACGGGUCAGAAAGUGGAGGAGAUGCAGUCCAGUCAGAGGUGGGUUUAGGGCAGCGCGGCUGGUUCCCCUGCCCUGGGUGCUGAUCUCAGUGGGUGCCGCAGGGCGUUGCAACUGUGAUGUAGUGAAUUGAGCAGAAUGGAAGGCGAGAGGUUGGGAGGGGGCACCAAAUGUUGGCCUUAGCUCUGGGAGGGCGGGGACCUGCAGUCUCCACAACUGCCUUAUAGAGGCAAAACCUACCGAGAAGAGUUGCUGUGUCCACUAGGUAUGGCUCCCCUGUGCAGGCCUUGUUUCUUCUAAUAAAAACUUCACUUACUGCAUGUGAUUUAUUGCUGGCUGGCCCCCUGACAGAAGGGAUGAAUGACAGUGCUCAAGAUAGCAGGCAACUGCUUUCUGCGGUGGACUGAUAGACUGGUUUCUUCCUGUGCCGCUUUCCCCCCACCUGGCUCAGGUUCCACUCAGGUGGAGAACAUCCAGCCAUUCACAACGAAGCAGCUGAUCAUCUGUAACCUUGCUGACUGUGUUCUGGAUCUGCCGCAGCUUGAGAUCCUGUAUCCUGACAGGCCUAAACACGAGGCUUUCAAGAGAGGUGAGUGAGGGCAGGGGGGACCUUAUUUGGUUGCAGCCAGAGGGACCUGGCCUCAGCUUUUUAAGGCCAGUAGAAGGCCCAUUAUUUCAUUUAUUUCUUUAUUUUACUCAUUCAUUCAUUCAUUCAUUGCUGCAAAGUAUUUGCAUCCCAAAUUCUAAAACAAUUGGAAAACUGUAUUCCCUUGUAUUUAUUAACUUAAUGGCCACAUUCAAAAGUCACAGCUGAAAACUAGCCUUUCUCCUGCAUUCCAGACUUCCAAGUUAAUCCUUCCUCCUCAGAAUAUCCACUCCAGGGGGCAUAGCUGUUGUGGUUGCACUAGCUGAGCUCAUCAACUUUUUUGAGUCAGGCACUUUUUUAAUCUUGAUUUCUGUAUGUGUGUUUUUGAAGGGCCCCCGUGGUUACCUCUCUUCUCCCCGGCCAACAUAUCUUCAUCAGGGCUGAGGUGGGGUGGGCAGGGGAUUGGCUGAGGUUUUUUGUUUCUGUUUUGCUGAACAACUUUCUUCCACUGUCGGUGCACACUCAGGUGUUGGACCUCAUGUCCCUGGGGCACGGGAACAGUGGGUGGGUUCUCCUCUCCUCCUGGGACAGGUGAGCCACCCAUUGGCAGUUUCCACUUUUUGGCCUUGCUCUUUCUGCCCUUCUUGCCUGGGUCUGACCACUUGAGCACCCGAUUUUUAAUCCUUCUGUACUUGAGGUAGUGGGAUUGUGUGCAGUUUCUCCUCACCUUCUCCUCACCUCAUCAUGUGGCAACGAUCCAGCAGCCUUGCCCUUUUCCCUCUUCCCACCCAGGAUGUGCAAGGGGUGAAGAGCUAUGUGCCAAAUGCACACCUCUUUCCUUCGCCCCAACCUGGACAGUAGCAAGCAGCCCUUUUGUUAUAUCUAAAACAACAGAGACCUCCUUCCACCGAGGAGAGCAGGCCUUUCAUUGGUGGUAUCUUUAUUCUGCUAGUAGCAGUUGAUUGUUUUAUCAUUAUUACUUUGUGAAAGUGCCUCAAAUGGGCAUUUUUUAAUGUUUCCCAAAAACACACAAACAAUUAAACCAAGAAUUAGAACAAGAAUAAAACAAGAGCCCAAAAUGUUCAUUGGUAAUAUAUAAAAAAGGGCAGAACUCAGCCCACCCCACUAAAAAAAGACAAGCAGAAGAAAAGUCCAUUGACCCUGGUUAAGACAGGUUAGGAUGUUUUAUGUCCUCCCCCCCCCCCCAAUUUUAUGUAAUUUUACUCAAUAUGGUUAUUUCCUGUUUUCAUGUCUCUUCAUUCUUGCUGUUUGUACAUGUAAAUUUAAAUAACUAAUUUAUUUAUUUUUUGCUAAAAAAGGAAGAGGCUAAGAACAUACCCAUGUACCAUUCAAGUUAUGGGUCAAAAGCCUGAGUUAUCUUGGGAUGUUGGGCAGAAGUCCAGCGGCAUUUGGAGAGUCACAGGUUCCCCAUCCCUCCUGUAGAGGGAUGUAAAAACCGCUGCAAAUCUCAUCUUAUAGAAAAACGGGGGGGGGGGGAUGAUACCUAUUUGUGUGUUGAGAGGAAUGAACACUGAGUGUGUCUCCUCCCACAGUGGACCCACCAAAGAAGAAUAAAGAGUACCAGCCAGCAAAGAUGAAGAUGACCGUGGAUGUGUAAGUGGCUGGAUUUUUACACUUCUGGUGAAAACUGCCCUGCUUCUUCUCAUGAGGCUUUCUUGUCUUGGAUUGCAGUGUAUAUGUGUUGGAGAUAUUCCUAAAUAGGUGAAAGGGCCCAGGGCACAAAUUUGCAAAAAAGUAUUAAUAUGUUGAUUUAUAUGUAUAGAUGCAGCUGGGAAACUAAAGAUAGUAGGUGGCAAGCAAUAUGCUCAGUACGGAUGGGGAGAAAUUUGAUUCAGUUUAUGUUGCAAAACAAAAUGGCCUAAUUUGCACUUUUUGAAACAGAGAGAACCAGAGCACAGCCAUCCUUCAAAAUUUGCAUUUUUCUGAAUGUUGCAAUGCAAUUGUAAUGUUUACAAAAGUGCAUAUACUGAGAUAAAGUGUUCAUGAAAAUGCAUAUACAGUGGUACCUCGGGUUACAUACGCUUCAGGUUACAUACGCUUCAGGUUACAGACUCCGCUAACCCAUAAAUAGUGCUUCAGUUUAAGAACUUUGCUUCAGGUUGAGAACAGAAAUCAUGCGGUGACAGCGGGAGGCCCCAUUAGCUAAAGUGGUGCUUUAGGUUAAGAACAGUUUCAGGUUAAGAACAGACCUCCAGAAUGAAAUAAAUACUUAACCCGAGGUACCACUGUAUUAGUGAAAAUAACAUUCACAAAUGAAUUAUAUUGUUGGAAAUUGCGCUGCAAAAAUGUUUGUAUUAGACAGAAUUGCAUACAAACGUGUAAGAGAAAUCAACACUAAAAGGCUGCUGAAUUUCCAUGAAGACUAAAGAAAAGCAGACUGAUGGUGGAAAUCUGGAAAAGUGUAAUUAAUACUGGAAAAAUAAGAAACAGAACCAAAAAAGUACGAAUUCUCCCAUCCCUUGUGCCCAGCCCCUCUGCUUACAGGGGGAAAGUGGGAACAGGAGGUCUAGGCCUCACUGCAAGAGACUUGGGACUCCAUCCCCUGGGCCACCACCUAAGAGCACCUUAAUGAGAGCAACAGCUACUGUAUUGACUAGAAGUUUAUUGUUCUUGGUGGUUCAUCACUGUUGUCAUCACUGUGGUUCAUCACUUUACAGCAUAAGCUGUAGUCUAAAUUAAUUCAUGGAGAAGAGAAAUGAGGGAGCCCAGAGCAACCUCCACAGUUGGUCUCUGGCUUCUCUUGUAUUUCUUUUGAGCAUUUUGGUACUAUAUUUAGAUGUUAAAAACAAGGCAAUGGGCAGAUAACUGUGGUCAGAUAGUAAAACCCUGAUUUUGUCUCCAAACUGCCAUCCUAAUAUGCAGCUUUGAUUUGUAUCCUAAAGGGCGGGAAAUAAAUAAAUGUUAUUUAAAUAACAUUAAAUAAAUAAGCAAGCAAAUAAAUGUAUGUUGAUACCAAAACUAUGUUGAAUUCCAGACCUUGCUCAUUCGCUGGUUCAUUGAGUCACACCCCAGGCGGCUCCACAAGCAACCUUAGCAUGAAUCCUGGAAUCCCAUCUGGCCCUGCUUAUGAGUAAGUCCUCUGCUAUGAAUCCUGCCAUUUUCGUGCAGUAGCUGUGCAUGUGAAACAGCACUAAUCUCUCAAUAACUUUCCAUCAUCUUUUAGGAGUGGGGAGGACCUGCGUGCACCUCACUCCAACCAUACACUUGAUGCACAUUUAAAGCACAUGACUCCCACCCACACACACAAAAAAAUCAUUGGAACUGUAGUUUGUUCAGGGCACUGGGAAUUGUAGCUCUGGGGGGGACUAUAGUUGCCAGGAUUUUAAGCCGUUGGCUAAGUUGGCUGGGGACGGUGGGAGUUGGAGACCAACAACAUCUGGGGAUCUGAGGUUGUAGAGCAACUGUCCUGGGUGACCUUGGGUCAGUCAGCCUCUCUCUGCCUAAUCUACCUGACAGGGUGGUGAGAGCAAAAGCACCACCACUGAUACUGUCCCAGAUUUCUGGAGGAAGGGACAGAUAAACAUGCAAUGAAUAAAUAAAUUAAUAAGGGUGGGAUUUCUUUUUUUAAUUACCCUCGCAGUCCCUUACAACUCUGUGAUUCUAUGACCCCAGCUCUGCAUGUUCAUUCCAGAGUUUGGGAUAGGAUAGGAUCUCCAAUUUGCUAUUCCUUUGGGAUAUGUUUACCAUAUCCUUGCUCUGUCUUUCCACAGUCCUCAUCUGAUGAUUGCGCAACCUAUGGGCAUGUCUUCCUCUAUCAGUACAACAUAUGGAAGUCCGAACUUGCUGCCGUAAGAAUCAUGCCCUGAUUGCAGACGUCUUUGCCUUGUGUGUGUGAAUGAGUGUCAGAUUGAAUGUUACAAAUGAGCCCCACUAGGGGGCAAACACACCAAAACCCUGUUCUCUUCCCACCUGGCAAAACCUAGAGAUCCAGGGUAGUGUGUCUGUAGUGUAUUUGCACUGGUCCUUUGUCAUGUUGCAGCUCAUGUGGCCACUCAAACUGCAGCAUGAUGACAGGACAGCAGGCUCACAGCCCAGGCAGGCAGAUGAGCCCAGGAAGCUGCAGAGGAACAGGACAGGCUCAGGCAGCUGUUGGAACUUCUGCUCUGCUGCUGCUACACACUUCACACCAUUGCUGGUGUUUGGCCUCAGCAGUGUCAAGAGGUUGAGGAGGAGGAGAGCAGCAGCAGCAGAGCAGGAUGGUUGCUAAAGGAGCUGACCUGUCUUGUCCUUCCUGUUCCUCUUUGGCUUGUCUAGGCUGCAGUUUCACUGAGCUUUUUAGGGGAGGGGGUGUUGUUUGACGAAGCAGGCAGGUGUCUGAGGCCAGCAAGGGAGCAAGGAGGAGGUAACUGGAGGCAAAUGGAAGCAGGUGGGCACAAUACAACAUAGGAGCCCAGAUCACUGCAGGGUGAGCUUGGCAAGCCUUCCCACAGUGCCACUGCUAGAGAGGAGGGCAAUGAAGAGGACAGUUUGGGUGAGCAGAAACGAAUGGGAGGAGGUUUGGGGAUGAGCUGAAAAGGAUGUGGGGUUGGGGGGUGUAAUAAUUAUAGGGGUUGCUCGUGCGUAAGUUCCCGCCACUCCUGGCUAGGUUGCCUGGUUAAACCUUUUCUGUCUGGACAGCCCUUCACUUCGUGGCUGUUUCAGUCGCUAGCAGAAUCCGUCAGUGGGCGUUUCUUAAACCUUUUCCAGCAUAAAAGCUGUUUGACGCCAAGUCUCCUCCUACUCUCCCUGCGCGGAAGUCUUCUGCGCAGGGAGGGUGUGGGUAGCGGAGGACCUGUGCUCUCCCCGCUGUUCUCCGGCGGGGAGUCCUGGAGCCCCCUCGCCGAUUCCCCCAUCUGCCCCCCUUUAUCCCUGGUGUUACGCUGAUUUCCUUCCCCAGCUGAUGAGCUGCCUCUCUCCCUGCUGGGCCCUUCUCCAGCAUCGCUUGGGAGCCUUGCCUCCGCCUCUGGCUCCGAUGUCAGUUCCCUGACAGGGGGCAAAUAAGGGGUGACGUUUUGGGGAGAGCAAUCUGCAAGGGGAGGGAGAUGCAGGGUUGGUGAGGUCUAAGGUUUAGGUUUUGUGUAUGUAUAUGAAAGCUGCUUGGUAACAGUGCAUUCGGACACCUCUGAAGGUAUUGUAACCAAAUUUUGAAUGAUGGUCCCUGAGAUUAAGUUUUCAUCUACAAUUGGAUGCCAUUUUGAAUCACAAUGGGCUGGACCUUUCAAGCUUACACUGAUUUUAACCACUGGUUUCAAAACCAUGCUGUGUUUCUUUGUUUUUUAGAAUUCCCAAGCAAUGCUGACUGCAAGGCUGCUAGUUAAUGCAUACAAUAUUAAAGUAAACGAAACAGCACCAUGCACAAUAUUAGCAUAUGUGGAACCCAGUUUAAAUACCUCAUCUAUUCAUCAAGAGACAAUUCGACGCAUUCAGUGAAUGCAUUUUGGCUCCUCAGCAUAAUAUAGUGAUGUUGGGAACAUUUUGUAUAUUAAAUAAAUAUAUUUCUGUGUGCAUUUUCCUAGCACUAAGGCUACUUAGAGUUUUGCCCAGUUAAGCUAGUGCUUCUUUUGGUUUUCCAGCAAGAAACACAUCAGAUCCAACACUGCUUAGAAGGCAAAGGCCCUGAGCAUCAUUAUCAGCCCCACUAGCCAGCCAGCCAGCUUUAGCUUAAGCUAUUGCUUUGUGGGAGAGUUAGAACAGGACUUCUAACCCACUAGAUGCCUCUCCCAGAUGUUGUACUAUAGCUUCCGUAAUCCCUGACUAUUAGCCAUGCUGGCUAAGGCUUAUGGGGGUUGGAAUCUAAUUGUGCGCGCACGCAUGCGUGCACACACACACACACACACACGUUCUGUUCCUUUCUCCAUGCCUCUUUUAAGUUGGACAUGUUUCCACUCAGUUCUUCUUUUGCUUCCUAUAGUGAAUUAAUGGGCUGCCCUUACUCCCUGGGAAGUUCUUCACCCCUUGGCUCAGUGGAUGCCUACCUCAUGCCUCAUGAUGUGGAAAUGCCACUGGACUGCUCGCACAGUGAGAACUCCACAUCCUACGUUAGGGAUCUUUCAUUCCCAGUGCUGCCAAAUCUGAUAAGGUAAGUGUAGUGAGUCAUGGGCAAGGAUAAAGGUUGAGGAGGGCAAGGCUCCUUCUCUCCACUGCCUGCAGUUGAUAAGCUUUUCCUGUUGUGCUGCCUCCUCCGGUGACCGAGUCUGAGGGCCAAAGAAUCCUAGGAAUUAGUAGCUUGCAGCACUAUCAGUUACUUGCCUUUUCAUUGUCCUACAGUUUGCAGCAUUUCUUAGCUGGGAGCUUCUGAAAGGUUAAGGAGGUGGAAAAGUAGUUUAAAUAUAUAAUGUAGGCAUGCUCCAAUUUUAGGAGGGUUGUGGGAGGGGGAUGGUUGCAAGUGUGUGAGUUGGAAAUUCAAGUGUAUGGGAUAAUUCAGCAGGAUGUGGGUGGAAGGGAGAGGUGGGAAUAGGUCCAAGAGGAGCAGGAGUAGCUUUGAUGGGCCUAACUUGGCUGCUGAUGCGAUUCACAGUAGAUGCCGUGCUUAGUCCUGGAACCUAGUGAAGCCAAGUGUCUCUGCAGACAGUGGGGCAUGGAGACAGAGCCCGAAGGAGAUGCUUUGCCGCUACAUCUCUGUGUGGACAUGUUUCAAGAGGGCCGCAUCCUGCUUUUGCCCACCUUCUCUUUUCCCUCCCUAGGGUGCCUGAGAACAUUUCCCCACCUUCCGACGAAGAGCUGGCCCAUCUGCUACAUCCCGAGUCAGAAAUGAAUCGCUAUCAUCAGAAUCUGGGGUGAUCAGCAUCUGUUCAUAGCCUUUGUGGGGACUUUUAUGGACCGCACAGCAAUCAAAGACUGGACAUGCUCCCAGAGCAGUGGUGGUUGAUGCCCCCUAAAUCCUUAUGGGGCACAGGAAGCUCCUCCCCUGGCUCCAGGCGUGCCCCCCCUCCCAGGACCCUCCUCUCCUUGCUUUAAUCAAGGGCAGCUUUGAUUCUGUGCUGGGCCAGAUCCGCGAAAUGAUACGUGCUGUCAAGGGAUUCUUGCCAAUUAUGCCUAUCCAGGGAAGUCACAUAGGAAGCUGCCUUUCUCCAGGUUAGACCCUUAGUUCGUCUAGCUCAGCAUUUCCUACACUGACUGGCAGCAGCUCAGACAAAGGGCUUUCCCAGUCCUACAUGGAGAUGCCAGUGACUGAACCUGGGACUUUUUGUAUCCAAAGCUGGUGCUGUACUGCUGAGCUAGGACUGCACUACUGCCACUGCUUUGGAGCAGGGCUGAGGCUCACGUUUGCUUGCUGCUUGGCACUGUCCUUUGGGGAGGGGCCAAUAUAGCCCUGGAUGCUUUCCUGCUUGCCAUGGAAGUGGUUCCUUCUGCAAAACAUGGGGUGGAUUUCUUUCCCCACCAGCAGCCCAGACAGGAGAGAGAGGGUAUUUUUCUCAGGAACUAGAGACUUGGAUCCUCCACUGGACUGCUGGAGCUUUCCUCUAUCUACUUGGGCAGGUGGGAUUACUCCAACGGGCUCUUCUAUCCUGGGUUCUGUUUUUCUGCUGCAGAAGACUCCCAGAAUUAAAAACCCACAAAUGCCACUUCUCCCCAUCAGACCUUGGUUGGGUGGGACCAAGAUCCACUACCAAGUGCAUAUUCCAGAACUAUCCCAUUCCCAAGCAGUGAUGGUAUGACCUUUGGACUGUGAGAGACCCAGGUGGGGUGAAAAUUCCCUGUCCUUUCUCAUUCCUGGGGAAGUGUGGGAAAGUGUCUUUUGCUACUCCAUGUAAUAAUGAGAUCUCCCCCCCCGCUUUCCCGUUCUGUUCUCUGUUGUUCGGGCUCCACCCACCGGUUUGCCAAUGCCCCUUAAUCUCCCAGCCUGUGAAGAGGUGCAAAUAGAUGCUAAAAUAAGCCAUAAAAUAAGACUUUAUUUCAAAAUAACAAAAUAAAUAAUCUACUGUACACAUUACAAAGGAAAGGGUGCUAAUUUUCUCUAAAAAGACACCAAGGCUCUAUGGGACAAGAUGAGGAACCGGAAGCAAGAGCCUGUGGCUGCUAAUGUUUGCCUCAACAGGAUUUCAUGGCCUUCCUUGAAUAAUCCAUGUUUUGCACCUGUAUGUCCAAACAAAACCUCACUACAGUACAAUUAGCUUAAAUCGUCAGCAAAAUACAGAGCAGUCACUGUUCUUUUUUCUCCAUCCUGACAAGCAGUGGUUAUGCCAGGCAUGAGGAGCCAGGGAUCCUCCAGAUGUGGUUGGAUUACAACUCCCAUCAGCCCCAGCCAGUAUGAACAAGGGCCAGGGGUGACAGGAAUUACAGCUCAGCAGCGUGUGGAGAUCCAGAGGAUCCAUUUCCCUUGGCAACACCAUAUUCCCUUGCACUGCAGAAAUGGACUGUGUUGCCUUUUCUUCAAGCCACCCCAGACUACAGACUCACUGAAAUCCAUGAACGUGUCUAAGUUAGGCCCAUUAAUUUCAGUAGGUCUACUUAAGCAGAACGCCACAUGUGAUAGAUUCCCCACCCCCACCCCAGAACCUUAGGGAGGCGUCCCCCUUCCCUCCUCAUUUCCUGUGGCAGCCCUUCCCCUCUGCUCCAUUCAUAUGGAGAAGGGAGAUGGGGCUGCAUUCAAGAAAGCCCAAAGGAGGGAUUAGCUCUGGCUUAUCUGACCCACAGCACAAGGCAGGAUUGAGGCCGAACAAUCUUUCCUUAUGGCAGCAGUACAGUUCAUGCAUUCCUGGCCUCCUUAAAGGUCACUAUAAUCAAUCCUCUGCCCCGGAAGUGGUUGAGCUCUACUAGAAAUGUCUCCUAUCUCCCAUUGAAAGAUUCCAAGUGGUACAGUGGUAAACUACUACAGAACUUCCAGAACUAACUGAAAAGUUGUCAGUUCUUGUCAAAGUGGGAACCUCAAAUAAAUAGGUGGCAUUUUCAGUGUAUGCACUUGGGGCCUUCUGCCUUUACCUGUUUCUCUAUGGCUGCCUUUUGCUAGAAUAUUAUAAUUUAUUCAAUUUCUUACUCGGCCUUUGCCAUAAGGUCCCAGGGCGGGUUAUACCAAUUUAAAAAUGCAAUUGUGCGCCAGUUUCUUGCCUACAUGCAGCUGCUCCAAGAUGGAAGAUCCACACAGCAACCCAGGGGCAUUCAAAUCAUCACGUUCCCCUUGAAGGUACCAGAGGCAACACUGGUCCUGAGUCGUCCUGUAUCGUACAACACCACCUCUUGGUCCUGAGACCACUGGCUUCUCUUCCUUGCAAGGAGCAAAAGCAGUAGAUGAGCCCCAAGAGAAUGAACUGGUUGCCUCAGGAAAGGAAAGCGGCGGCUGGGAGAAACAAGCUGCUCCCAGGGAAGGAGUGAGCCUGAUGCUCCUUCUGGAUCCAAACAGAGAGAAGACUCACUUGCAUUUCCCCUCCCUUUAGGGGGCCACUGCAGAUCACAUAAAAUUGGGGUGGGCGUGGUAAGCCUUUUUCAAAAAUCAAUUCUAAUUCCUGCAACUACACAAUUUUAGUAAAAUAAGAAAUUAAAAAACAAAUCUGCUGCUGGAACAGGAUGGAACUGUAAAUUUCACCAGCAUGCCCCAGGCAUGGAAGCAAAUACCUCUCAGGAUUCCAAAACACGACUGAGCAGUGAAUCAGUACCAUUGGUGACUAUAAACACCAGAUUAAGGUCAAGACCAAGGGAGGUAAUGAUGCUGGAGCUAUUUUGAGCAUUGUAUACGCAAUCUACAAUUGAAAGUGUGACAACCGAUACACAAUAAUGUAAGGAAUAUCAUGUCUGCCACUUGUCCAUAUGCAAGGCAGAGUGUGUGUGUGUGUGUGAGAGAGAGAGAGAAGGGCAAUGGAGAAAAUGUGUUGUAUGUACACGUAUGGGAUGCAAGUGUAAGUCAGUGCGUUAUCAUAAGAAAUUUGGAUGCAGAAAGAUAAUCGAUGCUUGUGUCUGAGAAAUCGAAUCAGCUUUCUGUUCAGGGCACAAAGUGUAUUGGUGUGGGGUUUUGUGUUUUUAUGGCUAUGUGCCCCAGAGUUCCAGGCUUCAUGAGGGGCGAAAGGCUGUGGGUGAGGCUGACCUUCCAGUAGCCUUUCGCAGGGCAAAGCCAGCCACAGAUUGGGUCUCCCUGAGCUCAUGGCUAUCGCCUGUAGUGAGGACGGCCCCCAACAUCUUACAUAGUUAAUAGGGAGGGGGAGAGGCAGGUUCUCCAUUUUGUGACGAGAACCAGGAGUAAUAAAAUGUGCUGUGCUAAUAUGGUAGCCUUGCUCUGUUGAGGAAACCAAGCACGCCUCCUUGUGGUGAUGGGGAGAAUUGCGCCCCUCUCCCCUGCCAGAGUCUGAUGUUCAGAGCUGGUUGGCAUGUUAUUGCUUGGCGACUGAGCCACAAGUCACCUGCUGCUCAUUGCCGGCUGGUAUCCGGUUCCACCUUGAUGCUGUUUCUUCUAGCUUCGGCCUGUGCUGCUGGGGGCUGGCACCGCUCAGAAAGAUUUUCCCCAAACUCUAAAAUGAGAAAUUGAAAGUCAGACAGAAAUAUGCAAUUUCCUGUCCUUGGCCUCUUUUUCUGUUGUUAUUAACUUCAAGCAGCAAGGAGCUCCUGCCACAACUGUGGGCUUCCCUUCAGUUGCACAUCCCCACAGGCACAAUGUAUUUUUUGGGGUGGUUCCAAAGGUUAUACUCUUAGCAUCUGAGCUCUGAAGCACCAUCCCCUCAGUUUUCCCUGCCAUUCUCCAGUGACCACAAGGAAAGAUCACCACACGGUGAUCUUUGCUGUCAAAAAUUAUUCUGCUCCUGUAAGCUUACUCUUAGGGUGCUUCCAGAGAUUCCUGUUCUUAAGCAUUCAUUGUGAUUUGUUUGUGAGGAGGUUAUACAACAUUGCAUCACCCAAUCAUUACCCUACACUUGGCAGUGCAUUUUCUUGUCGCAUUCCUUAUCACAAAACAUCCAACCUUUUGUGCAAGAGGUCCAAAUCGGCUUUAGUUGCACAACCUGAAUUUGCCAGUAUGUGACUGAAUACCACCCUAAAACAGCAUCAGCCUGGAAGCCCCCUUAAUUAAUGAAAUGAAAAGAAUUUGGCAGGCACAAAAUCUAUGACACGC